CAGGACACAACUGACAGUAAAACUUUUUGCAUUAGUUCGGAAGUGUUACCGAGGACAAUUUCCCAAAACUUCACACCUGUCGAUAGUGCAUAUGGAUUAAAAACUCGGCGGAUAAUAUGCUUUUAAAUCGGUAACAACAGGUAAAAAUCAAUCUAAGGUAUUGAUUAGAGACAGGGACCUAGAUGGAGUGAUCUACUAAGAAUCCAGGAGUAAGUAAUGGCUUACCAGGGAGGAGGAGGCGGAGGGGUCCAGAAUUUAUCUCGCCAACCCAGUCAGCAAUCUCUGUCCCGCCCAAAUCAUAGGCGACACCCCCAGGAUGACACACCCCAUGGUUAUCGGCAACAACCACAAGAAACUAACCCACAGCAGUCGCCGUACCCAUCCCGAAAUGACAUUCAAAGGUCACAAUCUCAGCAUAAUGUUUACCCCCAACAAAGCGGACAUAUUUCUCGCAACGCCAGCCGUCAGGAGGGUCGACAAGCGAGCGCACCCUCACACCAUCAAUCACAACCUGCCAUGUAUCAUUCACAACAACAGGAGCUUCGACCAUCACAUCACCCGAGCGCGCCCGAAACCCAGUCACCUUAUAUGUCACAUCUAGAUCCAGGUCGUUAUGGAUCGCAGCAAAUCAUGAACGCCCAACAGUCACCCUACCCCUUACGCCAUGAGCUCCGGCAUGGUGAAUCCAACCAGAGCCUGGUACGAGGAAGUAGACAGCAGUUAGCGGACCUCCCACAAGACCCCCAGAAUCGAGGCGAUAGGCAAUUCACUUCUGGUCCUUCUGACCAGUAUGCAACCGUUCAAAAACCCCAUAGGGACCAGGGGCCUGUCCAGAGACUGUUCCCUGUGAAUCACCACGAAAGUCACCAGACAAUGCCCACACAUUCCAGUCAAGCGUAUCAAUCUCAACCCCAGUCCGCAUAUGGUCAUCAUCAAAGUCACACAUCUUUGUCCCCUGAUGCGAGGCCCCAAGGGCCUGAGAGAGGACAAGAAUCCUCUUACCCUCCUCAUCCACCAGCCAAUCAGCAGUCAGGGCAGGAAAGUGAAGCUCCACCUCCUUAUUAUAGCCGUGGGCACAGUCGGGAGUCAUCUUACGUGCCCCAGCCUGACCUUUCACCUCCACCACAGAACUUUGCGCAAUCCCAACCUUUUCAUUCCCAGCCUUCCUACCUUGGCAGUGAGCAAGGCCAGGCCCCUUCGGAGGGGAAGUACUCGCCGGCUAGGGCUGAGAGUCAGCACAUAGCAUCCCAUCUUGCCCGGAAUGAGAGUUCCCGCACACAACAGUCAAUCCGCAGUCACCACUCCCGGGCUAGUAGUUUGAGUAAUACUCCACCCAUACCUGAGGUGCGAGGCAAGGAGGCAUCCCACAUCAUAGAUUUACUACAGCGUGAAAUCGUCUACAUCACAGGAGGUAGGGAUCGUAACGGAGGGCCUGUUGUGACAUUCCCCGGUCACCUGCCCCAUCCGGAGCCCUCGCAGCACGACAUCAUGACAUGUCUCCAGUACUAUGUUCAGAUUCCAAGUGAGGAGUCGAAGUGUCGAGGAUUCACUGCUGUUGUUGACAGUCGGGACGGAUCAUGGCCAAAUAUGGUCACUGUGCUAGGGUGUCUCAAGAAAAUGUUGGGAGAAUACAUUAAACAGGUGCUAGUGAUCAAGUCAGACCCAAAUAUAGACAGGAAGUCCAGUAAUCAGAGCUUCCGAAGGGACAGGAACAGUCCAAACUUAGAGGUAAGGGUACCAAGGUCAAGGUCAAAUAUAGACAGGAAGUCCAGUAGUCCGAGCUUCCGAAGGGACAGGAACAGUCCAAACUUAGAGCCACAGUUUAUUUCUGUAAACCGUCUCUACGAGUUCGUGGACAAAAAGGAACUAACCGGUAUGUUUGGUGGUCAUCUGUCCUAUCACCAUGGUGUCUGGCUCAAAAAUAGACAGGACCUGGAGAAGUUCAUUCGUGAGUCGAGGGCUGCUGCGUCUCAUCUGGACACUGCCGAAGCACAGAUACAACAGGCGUACUCCAAAAAGGACUCGUCUAGUCCGCUCGAGUCGCUACGACAACAUCGCUACUUUCAGGACUCCAUCAUGUCUGUACCAACACAGGUCAUCAGAGACGGUGGUGAGUUACUGUCCCAGCUACGCCGCCACCGUGAUCCCCCGCAGGGACAAGACAAAGACUCAGUGUGGACGCUGGACGACCUUGAAGCUCAGAAGCAGGUGAAACGGCUGAUCCAGUACAUAGAGAACCGUGUGGAGAAACUACAGAACUAUCUGGAGAAUCGUGACCGCACACUCAGUCUGAACCUCCAGUAUGAGGAAUUACAUCGGGACAUCAAAACGGUGGUUGGCUGGAUUCUCGGGCCUGGAGAGAAGUUGUUGUCGUCUCAAGUUGAUAUUGGAGAUUCGUACGAGACGGCUAACGAGUUACGACGACGUCAUGAGGAAAUGGAAAUAAAAUGCAUGGAUACGUACGGCCAGUAUGCAGAGCUGCGCUACAAAGCAGAGGAGUUGACGGAAGAAGACCACCCCGGACGCGACGACAUUCACAGCGUCCGUGACUAUAUGGAUACCGUCUGUCGUUGCUUCGCCAGUCGUCUGGAACGACGCAGGACACUUCUUAUCACCUCUGUCAGGUUCCACAGACUGGCUGAGGAUUUUUCCCAGAAGCUGGAUAGCCUGUUGGAACUCCUGUGUACGGAGACGGAGCUGGUAGAUGUGGAUACAGCAGAAAAGGCCCUGGCAGAGCUCAACGAAAAGUGUGACAGCAUCGACUUGGCAGCAACACAGUCUAUUGCAGAUGGACAGAGUCUACUUGACGAGAUGUCUCGGCCAAUCAAAAAUGCGUCUGGCAAGGACAUUUCUCCGGACUACGACAGCCAGAUAAAACACAUCAACAAAUAUCUGGAAGAUUUACAGGAAAGAAAGAUGAGAUGUGACGACCUCGCUGACGUACGGAAACUCAAACUACAACAAAUUUUACAACUACGCACCUGUGAACGAGACGCUGACCAGGCGAUCGCGUGGAUCCGAGAGCUUUGUGAGGUCAUGCUGUACACACACACCAGUAUGGGACAUACACCGCAGGAGGCCGAAGUCCUUCAGGAGGAACACAAGAAAUUUGAGUCCACUGCAGAGGGUACAUACGACUAUGGCAAACAACUACUGCAAGCAGCGUUCGUUCUACGGAGAUCUUUGAGGAUUGACCUUGCUCCCAAUGAGGAGCGUGUGGUACAACUCGAGGAGGCGUGGACACGUUUCACCGGGGGAUCAAAUGAGCGAGCUAACAGACUGACUGUGGCGGCCAUGUUCCUGUCGUCUGCUGAAAAGCUAUUCGACCAACUGGAGCAACUUAUGAAGCCUGUUAGUCAGGCUCUAGCAAUGGAGAUAACUGCUCAUGACGUGUUAAGGCAUCAUACUGCCAGCAAGGAACAUCUAGAGAGCGAAUACAACGAUACAAAUCACAUGGGACGAGCGUUACUAGAGCGACUUUCGCUACCGAUCAUCCUUGUAGACAGGGACAACAAACAGGUUUCUAUUGAUGACCAAGGAGCCAGCGAAAGCAUCGUUGGUAAAUUACGUAAACUAGAUCGACAGAUGCAGGAGCUGAAUCAGGGCUGGGAGGAGAUGCAGCAGGUUCGGCGUCAUGCUGUCCCUCAGCCCCCGCAGAGAAGCUCCAGUCAGCGAAGCCAGACCCUUCCCAGGUCCAACACUGGGUCGAUGAGGUCAAAUGAAACCCCCCCACAGAAGUCAGAGAGUAUGCGUCGCAGGCCCCGCCAGUGGACAUCGGAGGUAGACAGUCGCGGAGGCCCCUCCAUCUCAGAAGGACGGGUUUCAGAUCCUAACCAGGGCCGAAAAGUAGUGAGGGAAAAGAUACAAAAACUUUCAAACGCUCCUCAAGAGAGUGCCGUUUCCAGCAGCUAUGUUGUCCCUGUGAGGUCACAACCUUUGCAUCAGAGGUCAAAGUCCACGAUACCUGCCCAUCCAGGGGUGAGGACUCGGGAAGGUGAUCGCCUAUACCGACAGCUGGAGGAGGGUGCAGAAUGGAUCAGAGUGCGCGUGCACCAAAUGGAACCAGACCUGAUGGACGUGGGGUCCACAAUCGAGGAAGCGCUCCAGUAUCAAAGGGAACAUAAUGACAUGUUGGCCAAACUCAAGGCCAAAGAAGAUGAAGUAAAGAAGAUACUGUGUAGCGCCGACUCGUACGUGACAGAGAACCAGUCCCAGGCAGAUGUGUACAGCGCCAUGGCCGACACGCUCAGCGAGGCAUGGAGAGAGCUCAACAAGAAACUCGAGGCUCGAAGCCUCAUUCUGGAGGAGAGUGUGGAAUUCCACAAAAGUGCGAACGAGUUUUCGUCAAAAAUGGAGCAAGCACAGGGUACAAUUUCGAUCUCUGUGCCGACUCAUGACGUUGAAACCGCCCGCCACCUUCUUCAGCAACAUCAAGAGAUCAAAACAGGAAUAUUGGAAGCAUCAAAAUCGACACUAAACCAAGGACAUAUACUACUCACACGCAUACGAGAAAUGGGUAUGCAUGCGGACUUACAGAACAGGCACGCUACCACUGCCGCGUGCUACGGAAUAGAACAUCUACUAGAAUUACUUCAAGACCGAAGACGAAGACUUGAGGACAUCUGGGAACAGCGUCGGAUCCGACUGGAGCAGUGCUUCCAGCUGUGUCAACUCGACAUGGAAGUCAAUAAGGUACUGGACUGGUACAGAACCGUCGGAUCCACACACCUACAGAAAAGUGAACUGGGCGAAUCAUUCCAUCAAGUCCAGCUUCUGCAGGAAGACCAUUACAGAUUUGAAACUCAAGCAAAACACAUACAACAGACGGUUGUGCGACUGGUGCGUGACGCCGACCAGCUCCUGCGCCGUGCCAACAUGGACGCGGAGGGCGUGAGGCGACGCCUCCAGACCGUUGACCGUGAAUGUGAAGACUUUAGAAACAAACUGGACACCAGACGUAAGAACAUCAUGAUGGCUGCGUCAUUCUUUGACCAGGCAGAAACGGCUCUAACAAAAUUGGAUCAGGUUGAAGUCCAACUUAACACCAUGGACUUACCGAGGAACAGCGCGGCGCUUGCCGACAGACAUGCUCAGUUGUCUAACGCCAUCGUGGAAACCUCCACGCAGGCCCUACGAGAGGGGCGCAUCCUACUGGAGAGGGUCAGUAGGGACGACCCCGGGGCUGAUGGCGUCAGACGCAGGAUGACUCUGUUGCAAGAGCGCUGCGCUGGUUUGGAGUCCCUGUGCAAGGCGCGACGGGCUGAGGCUUGGGAAAGGAGCCAGGCCUACCUACAAUUCCAGGAACAUUUCAACAGCCUACAAACAUGGCUGACAUCUAUAGGCCAGUCCACCCUUAGCCAACAUGCGGACAUGGGAACACGCCUUGAGACAGCGGAGGACUUCUUAGAAAUUCAUGAACAACUAGAACAAGACUUAAGGGACAAGAAUGCGGAGUUGGAGACCUUGUUUGAGGCGGGGGUAAAUCUGGUCAAGUCAGGGGACCAGGAGGCCCAGACUGCUGCAGGGAAGGUCGACACGCUACAUAAACAGAUGCAGAAGCUGCAUCGUAUUGUUGAGGUCCGCAUUCAGCUAUCCCUCGUCUACCUGUCAUUCCACAAGCUUGUGCAACAGCUAACUACUAGCAUGAGUGGGCUAGAACACAUUAUGACGUCGGAGACUGAGAACUUGCAGGAUCUCACUGACCAGGCUAUGCGCCAUACGGAAGAAAUGUACAACAAACUCAACGAAGUGUACAAUGAAGUACAAGAAAAAGGCAGAUUAUUCUUCCAAAAUUCGUCCACGGUCAAAGACGACUCAACGUUAAAUAUAAAGGAGUCCGUCCUGACCGUGGAGAGGACUGUCGCAGAAUACAGCGAACGCAUGACCUAUAUUAGGACGGUAUGGGAAUCAUGGCAACAGAAGGUUUCCACCAGCCGUCAAUUUAAAUCGCAGUGGCAUCAGUUCGUUCAGGAAGCCAGGAAGACUAUAGAUUGGGUUUUGAAAAUUGAGAACGACUUUUUCCCCGUAAUUGGCGGGGAAUUGGGUACAUCUAUAGAGGCGGCGAACGAAUUCCAGCACAGACUCGAUGAGUUUACCCCAACGUUUGAGAGUGCUAUAGAGGAACUUGACAAGCACCUGAGCACCGCUGAGCUCAUGGAAAUGAAAGGAGACACCAAAGGCCAAAAGGACAUGAUUGUCAACGAACUUGUCAAGGUUCGCCAGCGCUUCCAGGCGCGUAUACAUGAGUAUCGCAUACUCAUCAAGAUGACCAUUCAGUUCUUCCGUAACUUGGAUCAGUUGGACAAGUUGAUCGAGAAGACGGAGAAGGAAUACACCCAGUCAGAGCUGCCAUCUGAACUGAUGCAGGCGGAGAGCAUGUUGGAGGAGCACAAACGUAAACAGAAGGAAGUCACCUCCCUCAUCAACUUCACCUCGGGCGAGGGUGAGAAAAUCGUCGUCCGUGUAAGACAAACGGAUGCUGAGGCAGCAGCACAGGAGGAUGUGGAGCGUGUCCUCAAUGUCACCGCCGAGUACAAACAAAGGUGGAACCAAGCAUGGGAGGACCAGGAGAAGCGACUCAAGCAGAACCUCCAGAUCUGUCAGUUCAACUAUGACCUUAGACAGAUCCAUUCGGAGAUCGAUGACCUCCACCAUCAUCUCCAGGCCCGGCGCGGUAGCUACGGCAACUCGCUACCUGCUGCCCGUAUGACAUCACAGGCCUUCAAACAGUUUGAAAUGACUGUUCAGUUGAUAGAGAAGAAGAUCGGAAUGUUCACCAGCACCGCCCAGGUGAUGGUACAGGACCAUCAUUACGACGCUGUCCAUAUUGGGCGCGAAAUCGAUCUUCUGAAAUCAAAAUGGAGCACAUUCCACACAAGUGUUGGCAACUAUCGCAUGUUGCUGGACGUUUCUAUUACUUACUUCACGCUCACAGAAGAGUCUGAGCAAUGGAUCCGUGAGGGCAAUACCCUCCUGAUCAAUAUCAGUCGGCGUGCACCAGAGUGCCGCAACCCAGAGGAGGCGGAGACUCUCGCACGCUCACUCAACUCCUUCAUGGAGACGGGUAAACCUCGACAGGAUGACCGGUUGAAGCAUGUCUCGGAGCUGGCUAUAGAACUGUACGGUGAAGAGGGAACAGCCAAGGUCCAUCAGCUUUUCGUCACCAACCAGGACCUGAUGAUGUCCGCCCAGCAGAUGGACAUGGAGAUCGCCAAAAUACACCAGAACCUCACGCAGGCCCAGAUGGCGCCACCAGUCCAAGAAGAUGUUGUUCCCAUGGAGGUUACCGUAACAGCAUCUGCUGCUAUCGCCAAGCAACCGCCAAGGAUCACACAGCACCUCAAGGAUGCCGAAGUGAUGGAGGGUGAAAAGGUCACACUUCAAUGUCAAGUGGAGAGUGACCUCCCGCCAGAGGUCACUUGGUACAAAGACAAUAUGCCCCUUAACAGCCCAGACUACGAGACAAAGUUUGACUUUGGGCGUGCAACCUUGACCAUCGAGGAAACGUUUUCCGAGGACACUGCUCGGUACACCUGUCGUUUUACAAGCCAGAUUGGAGUUGCCGAAAGUUCAUCUUAUUUACAUGUUAGAGAAACUCACCAACAGAUUAUCCCCCCUGACUUCACACGUAACCUGAAGUCGGUGGAUGUGUUAGAGAGCGGUUCUUUUGCUUUCGAAUGUCAUGUGACGGGAAUUCCGUCCCCCACGAUUUCGUGGUACAAAGAUGAUAUAAACAUUGACAGCUCUCCCGAGUAUGUCAUUACUAAAAUCAACGGCACAUGUUGUCUCAAGAUGCGUAAAGUGCUUCGCAGUCAUAACGCACGUUACACGUGUCAAGCCAACAACCCAGGUGGCGAGGCUUCUUCGUCGGCCCGCCUCACUGUCAUCCCCCUGGAGAAGCCAGUCAUUCAUAGUAUGUCAGAAGAUGUCAACAUCCCAGAAGGCAAGAGCGUCAAACUGGAAAUUAUCUUCUCUGGCUCGCCGACUCCGGAGGUCACAUGGUGCCGCAACGAUGACCGAAUCUCACCUAGCUCUGUGUAUAAGAUUACCAUAGAGGUCAACAGGUCGGUGUUGGAAAUCACUGAAGCAUACACUGAGGAUUCUGGGACAUAUAAGGUCACACUCCAGAACACAGCUGGCGAGACCCACAGGUCCUGCCAGGUCAACGUGGAGAACUUCUACUCUAGUGCAGCGGAGGAGAUGUCUAUUGCUUCCCUGGAGGCAGAGCCCCUGAAGCCCAGCUUCCUACAGCCCCUGGCCGCAGCACGAGAGGUCAUGGAGGGGAGCCGUGUCAGACUUGACUGUGUCAUCACUGGCCACCCAGAACCAGAGGUGAUCUGGUUCCGUAAAGACAAACCAGUAAAGGAGUCUAAGGACAUACAACUGUUGUUUGAGGGAGACCGAUGCACAUUAAGUAUCCGUGAGGCCUACCUUGAGGAUAGUGGCCUAUAUCGCUGUUUGGCUCGUAACCAGCAUGGCGAGGCAGAGAGCGUCUGUAAACUCCAUGUUGAACCGUUGAGCGAGUUGAGCGACGCCUCAUGUGGCGAAGUAGCCGCACCCAAGUUCACACAACUGUUACGUGACCUGUCCAUCCCGAUUGGUCACCGUGUGUGUCUGCAGUGCCGCGUGACAGGUCACCCUGUCCCCGAUAUACAGUGGUACAAGGACAACAAACUCAUCGAAAACAGUCCUGAUUAUCAGGUGACUGCCUUUGCUGAUGUUCACAAUCUGACGAUUCCCGAGACAUUCGAGGAAGAUACUGGAAACUACAUGGUUCGUGCCACAAACCUGGCCGGCGAGGCCAAGUGUUACUCCAAGCUGUCGGUGAAGGCAGCACCAACAGAGCAAAUCCAGGAGGCUGAGGUGAUGCGUAUCCGACGCGUGGUGGAAACAAAGGAGUCCAACAUGAUCGUCAAACGCGAUGACGGUCUGGAUCAAUCGCCGCCAGAAUUCCAGAAACUUUUCCAAGACAUGACUGUCAAUGCUGGGGACAACGUCACAUUUGAAUGCUCAAUUACUGGCAGUCCCAAACCCAAGGUCACAUGGUACUUUAACAGUGAGCCUGUCGUCUCCCGCGACUACCAGAUCUCUAUGGAGGUCAACACUUACAGGCUAUACAUCCCAGAAGUGUUUGAUGAGGAUGCAGGUCGCUUCUCCAUCACCGCGGAGAACCCAUCAGGCAAGGCAACUUGCUCAGCUUGUCUUAACGUAGACGAAGAACCAACGAUCCCAAAGACGAGAAUAUUUGGAAACACGGAAAUGCUAUCCAAGCGUUUGUCUCGAACGGAGACAACAACGACUGAAACACACGUCAAGCACAUAUACCAGUCAACACGACAACCAGACACCUACAUCCCGUCGUACGAGUCGCACUCGACCACCAUUUUGACCGAUGUGUCUGAUGCCGAGCCCGUUCCAAUGAUUGGGACCACAGAGCACUAUGCUACCACCAUCAAGACUGAUGUGCCGCCCACCUUCAAGCCGGUGGAUCUGACCAUUGCCGUGCCGAUCCCUCCCAAGUUCCUCCAGCCGCUGAAAAACAUCACAGCCGCGGAGGGCAGUAAGGUCGUGUUUGAGGGAGUCGUGUCAGGCAAACCCGAGCCAACCAUCAAGUGGUUCCGUGAAGGCAAGCAGCUCACGGACAAAGCUGACUUUGAGAUUGGCUACAGAGACGGACGUGUCUCAUUGACCAUUCCAGAAGUUUUUGAGGAGGACGCCGGGCGUUUUGAGUGCCAGGCCGAUAACGAGGGAGGCAACGCAACUAGCUCAUCACAGCUUGUGGUUAGAGCUACCAUGAUUCCUCCAAAUUUCACGGAGAAACUGAAGAUCGUGGAAACACGUGAAGGCCAGGCUGUGCGCUUCACUGUGCGUGUGUCCGGCCAGCCGCCCCCUACAGUGACCUGGUACCGUGAUGGCGCCCAGGUGGUGAGCUCCCGAGACUUUGAGAUAAUCACGGAGGGAGACCUCCACACUCUGUACAUUCCAGAGGUGUUCCAAGAGGAUGGCGGAAACUUUACCGUCACAGCCGAAAAUCCUGCCGGACACGCUCAGUGUACAACCGAACUCAGGAUUAUGGCCCCUAUGGAGCAGGUCCCAGCCCCUGUAUACAAGCCUGUGACAGAGGUAAGGGAAACCUUCGACCAGAGGAGGGCCCCACUAAGAGAAGCUCCAAAGCCUAUCGAGCCCACAGAGGAACCAAGCGCAAAGGUUCCCAAGCUGCAGCGCCCAUCACAAUUUGUUAAACGGCCAGAACCAAAACCACAAAUGUUUAGUGAACAGAUUGAGUUGCAGGUCGACAGUAAGCCAAAAUUUGCCGCCUUUGAGAAGCGAGUUGAGCUGUUCAAGGAACAUGCACCAGAGGAGGAAGUACCUCCCCCGCUGCCGACAUCUAAACCCCCUGUGUUUGUCACCACCAAAGAGAAGCCCGUCUUUACACAGACACUGAAGAAUGUGUCCGUGUGUGAAGGAGAACGGGUCGUGUUUGAGUGCCGUAUAUCGGCUCACCCUGAACCGAUCAUCAAAUGGUUCAGAGAAACCGUUGUCAUCACAAGCUCCCCAGACUAUGAGAUCACGUGGGAGAACAACACUGCCAGACUUACGAUUGCCGAGAUAUUCCCCGAGGACACAGGAGUCUUCAAGUGUGUGGCUACUAACGCUGAGGGAAGUUCCACAUCUGAGGCUAGACUCGUCGUCAAACCGGCAACUCCUGAGCCAGACGUUCCAAUUACCGAGGAACCCGUCCAGCAAGUCAAGGCGCCCAGGCGCGAUGAGAAGGUACCAGCAAUGACCCCCAUCCGUCCACAAUUCACCGACAAACCUGGGAACUCUCGCCUUGUCGAGGCCACCAACACCAUCUUUGAAUGUCAUGUGACAGGAGUCCCCUUCCCAGAAAUCUCCUGGAUGAAGAGAGGAUUUCCAAUGAGGACAGAUAAUAGACACAGAAUGACCGUUGACACUCUGAGUGGCCGUUGUUCACUGACCAUCUCUCACUGUCGUCCUGAUGAUGCUGGAGAGUACACAUGUACAGCGGUCAAUUUGGCUGGAGAAGACACCGUCACAGCCAAACUACUGCCCGCAGAAGUGAGGGCCCCAUCACCACCACCUCCGCCUAUGGUGUCCAUUCCCGUCGCUCCACUGAAGAGCUGGCAGCCAGUAUCGGCUGAGCCAAGGGAGACACAAGUUCCUGUCCAGGAACCGGUAACCAGGAAACCUUGGGAACCAGUUCAGGCCCAGAAACAGCAGCCGGUUUCUGCACCACAGAAGACCUGGGAGCCACCGAUGACGGAGCUUAGAGCUCGUAUGGAGGCCCCACAGCGCCAUCCCCAGGAGUUUGUGGUUACACGUGCCGAGAAGAUCCUGGAGAGCAAUCUCCAAUAUAGGAGAUCAAAGGAACCAGAGGAGAAGAAACCAGCACCUGUACAGGAUUUCCAGUCCGUAGGAUUUGAGCAGAGAUUAAUGAGCGAGGACUACAUGCGUGACGGACACAUUAAGAUUUCCAGUGAGACAGAAACUUCAGAAUACGAGUCCGAACUACAGGAUGACCGCGGACCACCAGCGCCUCCCGCUAGCCCAGCCAUCAUCCAGAAGCUUAAGGACUUCCGUCUCAUUGAGGGCUCAGAUGCAACCUUUGUAUGCAGAGUCACAGGUCGUCCCAGGCCAAAGAUUGCCUGGUACAAAAAUGGACACAGGAUCAAACGGUCCAACAGAUACGAGAUGAAAUACACGAAGGACGGAUACUGCACACUCCGUAUCCGCAUCGCUCUGCCAGAGGAUGCUGGUCACUUCACCAUCCUGGCGGUCAACGCUGCGGGCAAGGCCACCUGUUCCAGCAUGUUGUACGUGGACAGUGUUGGUCAGAUUGACUCGACCUCCUUUGUGGCUCCCACCACACUGGAGAAGAUUGCCAGCAAGGACAAGGCCAAGAGCCAGAGGCCCGAGGACCAGAGUGGAAUCCUUGAGGCACUACUGCGACCAACCUUCAAAAAGGUCCCAGAGAGUCUGCAGGCCAGGGAAGGUCAAACGGUCAGACUGGACACCGUUGUGUCUGGCCGUCCAGCCCCCGAACUCACCUGGUACAGAGAUGGACAGCCUGUCCGUAAUGACAAUAAUCACAAGACCGUGGUCAAUGAGGAUGGAGUUAACUCCCUUAUCAUUCUGUCUGCGACACGUUACGAUGCAGGAACCUACAUGUGUGUAGCCAAAUCUAAGGCUGGUGAAAACUCGUUCAACGUCAUCGUCGCCAUCCUAGAGAAGGAGAUGUUACAGCCACCAAAGUUCCAAAACAGAAUCCCGAACGUGACGGCCAAGGCCGGGGAGCCGAUUACCUUGACCUGCGACGUCAGUGGCACGCCCACACCAAUGAUCAGCUGGCAGAAGGACGGCAAGAUGCUUGUACCUAGCAACCCAUACAGGAUUGACAUCGAGGGUAACCGCUCCACACUGUACAUAGAACGCUGCGAGCCCACAGACUCGGCUUGGUUCCAGUGCUCUGCCAUCAACGUGGCAGGAAGUGCCAGUACCAGGGCCAAGGUCCAAGUAGCAGUUGAGAUUCCCAAGCCUGAACCUGUGAAGAAAUUUACUGUACCCAAGGUCUCAUCAUCACCACCUCAUGUGGCUCCCAAACCGUCACAGGUGGUGCCUAAAGUUGCCCCACAGGUACAGACCAAACCAGUGAGGAUGCCUGGAUCACAGUCACCACCUCACUAUGAUAUCCAAUCAGAGGGCUUGGUACAACAGAUCUCGUACAGCACGGAAGCAGGAAGUGCUCUUAUGCGUCUAAUCAAAGAGGAGGACGCAUCAAGUUGGUACGAUAUACAUAAGGAGGGCCCCGUACAACAGAUAUCGUAUGCCUCUGAAUUGGAAAGUGGGACGUUACGCCUCAAGGGUACACCCACCCCACCUAAAGAGGAUAGCCCCCCAGCGAAGCCUCACACUCAAAAACCAAGCGAGCAGACGUAUAAUCGCCCGUUUCCACGGGUACCGCCCCCUACUCCUGCCUCCACAUCUGUGGAAUCCUCUCCCGUCGUCAAACGUCGCAAGAUCACAACCAAGGCUCACAUCACACCUGCUCUGCCACCAAUGGUUCCUGUUGCGGUGCCAGUAGCAGCGCCCCCUACAGCAGAAGAACCAAUGGAAGAGGAGGAAACCAUUUUGCCUCAAAACGUGGCUGAUGCCAAAAGAAGAUUUGAGACCCCUGAGAAAUCAUUGCCACCUGUCGGCAAGCCACCUAAGGCUCCGAUGAAACAUGUGGCAUCACCCAAACCUGUAGCACCACAUAAACCUUCACCCAAGCCUGUGGCACAGGAGCCAAUGUUCCGCCCAGAGUCGGUGAAGCGUGACGAAGUACCACCAGUACGUGUCCAGCCCCCGACUCAGUCACCAGUGAGACAUGUCGAGGCCCCGUGGCCAAAGGAGCUGUCACCAAUGCCUGCCCGGAAGGACGUCCUGCCAAUUCCACCUGGCGUACCUGGAGCCUAUGACAUCCAAUCUGAGGGCCCGGUACAGAUGAUCACCUAUGUGUCAGACACCGAGGCCGGUUACCUCCGUCUCGUCUCAGAGGACGAACUCGACUCAUCAAGGUCAAGGUCUGUGUCUAUGGAAAGACCACGCCUCCCAAUGCCAAAACCGAGGACACUGGCCGUGCUGUCUUCUACGGAAGAGGAAUCUGACCGGUAUGACGAUAAGCCGAAACAUGAGCCUCAGCUUCCCGCGUCGCUGCAGACCAAGUAUAAACAGUUCAGACCUGUUAAGCCACCCCAGCAGCGCAAGAAGAAGAAGUCAAAGACACCGUCACCGCCAAAGGAGCAGGUACCAGCUCCCGCCAUUGUGCCACAAGUGGCUCCAAAGCCGCAACAAGUGGCACCAGCACCAACGUUUGUACCGAAGGUGGUCGAAAAGCCGCCACAAGUAGCCAUGUUUGAACCAAGAAAGGAGAAAGUGGCCCCUAAAGUGGCCCCUAAGCCUAAGGGGUGGUCACCCCCAACUGCGUCCCCUGUCGCAUCACAUAUUAACAUUCCGGUUUCUGGGACCCUGGCACCAGUGGAGUUUUAUCUCCCAAAAGGACAUGAAGCUUCAUCGUCGUUAGAACUUACAAAGAUGGUAGUUGUGAAAGCUGACUCCGAGAUGGAGAAGUCAGAAGCCACCAUUACAAUCAAACAGGCUGUCUUACGCCAAGGUCAUCCACCGGCACCAGCGGCCAAAAUUGUCCACAGGGCUUCAGAGCCACCAAAGGACAAGUUAGUCAUUGAAGUGAAAGAACAGCUUCAUGAACCUGUUCCAGUUAAACAGCGGGAACCAGUUUGUGCUCCAAUAGUCCCCAAGGCAACCACCGUGGUUACCAAGCACGAGGACAGGGAAUACUGGUCCCCGGAGAGGAAGGAUGUAAUAAAAGUCAAGGAAACCAUUGAAGCUACCUGGGAUAGAGUGUUUGCUGCGGAGAAUUUCUGCUACCGUGAUUAUUUGGGAGUAAUCGGGGGAGCCCGCGAUUUGUUAGCCCUUGUCAGAGCUGAGGAUCACGAAAGCGCUGUACGCGAGUACAUUCGCCGUGAAGGUGAAGCACCCGCCCAGGAGGACAUUUACGACAAACACAAACCAAAGAAACCCUGGUUUAAGACACAGAUCAGGAAUUUGAUGGGCCUGAAGGAGAAUGACUCAGCCCACUUUGAGUGUAAGCUCCUCCCACUUGGCGAUCCUACCAUGGAGGUCGAGUGGUUUAAGGAUGGACAACCUCUGCAUCAUGGCCAUCGCUUCAAGCCCAUGCAUGAUUUCGGCUUUGUGUGUCUCGACAUCUUGUACACGUACCCAGAAGAUUCCGGAGAAUACUCUUGUAUUGCCCGCAACUCUCAAGGGGAGGCAACCACUACUUCACUUCUCAGGUGUAGAGGACGCCGGUCCAUCAUCGUGGAAACACAACUUCCUGGUGAGGGUGCCAUGCGUCUACAGGAGAUGGAAGAAUACUGGAGAAGUAACAUGUACCUAGAGGAGAGGAGUAUUGAUGAACCACGGGAACGAUUCCCACCGUCCAUCGACCUCAAACCCGAACCGGUGGAAACUGGCGAAGGAGAGGUCGCCAAGUUUAUGAUCAAAGUCAGUGGCUACCCACGACCCCGGGUCAACUGGUGGGUCAACGGCACUGUUAUCAUGGGCAGCACACGGUUCAAGCUGCGUUACGAUGGCAUGAUUCACCAUCUCGAGAUUCCGCGUGUGCGAGAAUACGACGCCGGACAAAUCCGUGUGGUGGCCAAGAAUACAGAGGGUGAAGCUGAGGCCAGUACCACCUUACAUGUAGUACCGAAAGAGGACUGGAGGUCACGUCUACGACAAGCACCCAAAGAGAUGGAACUGGAGGAAGAAAGUGUUGAAUAUAAGGAGGCGGUUGUUAAGAUUUAUACAGGAGAUCUAGAAAUUGAACUUGAGCGCAGACGCAAAAUUGAAAUGCGCUCAGUUGAGCUCGUUACAGCCAUGCAGAAACCCAAACCUACCAGUGUCGAAUUUAAGCAGAUCGAGAGAGCUGCUGAAAAGCGGGUAGUGAUGAGACAUGAGAAGGAAGUGAUGAAUGCGGAACAGCUGUACAUGUCUGUUGCGUCAAAGCCAACGAUGCGCGAACUGCCUGCACGUAUGGUCAGGGCUGACCGUCCAGAAAUUCAAGUGGACAUCCAGAAGGCACGCAUGGUGCCAGUUAUCCCUGAACAGGGUGCACCUGAUGAGAGCAAAAUAUCUGAGACCCAGAUUGUUCUGGAGCGACGUGAACCACCCGUGUUCACCAAGCCUCUGCGCCCAGUCAGGGUCACCGAGGGCAACCCAGUAACACUUGAGAUACAUUUCAAGGGCUUCCCACCACCAAUCAUUUCCUGGUACAGAGACAGCUUUGAGAUCAAAACAUCACAUGACUUCCAGAUUACUGUCUCGGAGACGGUAAGCACACUGUUCAUCCCAGAGAUUUUCCCAGAAGACACUGGCAUGUACAUGGUCAAGGCUUACAACAUGUAUGGCACCGUCCAGUGCAAGGCCAAGAUGACCGUCAUUGAGGAGGAAUCACCAGAGCGUGACGUACCCCCAGAAUUCCGUAGCCUGAUUCGCGACAGCAACGUGGUCCAGGGUGAACCUGCCACUUUUGACUGCCAGGUGUCGGGACGUCCCAAACCCAAAAUCCACUGGCAGAAGGAUGGCAGGACUCUCACCGAGAGCCCACGAUGGAAGUUUAUCGAGGAGGACAAUAACUUCACUAUGGUUGUCUAUGAGGUCGUUCCGGAGGAUGUCGGCCAGUACGAUUGUGUGGCCAUCAACACCGUCGGCAAGGCAACAUGCACAGCCAGACUUAACGUGGAAGUUCCCAUCAAGCCACCAGAGACGGAGGAGCAGAAAUUGGCCGAGGCUCCAGUGGAACCACCCAAGGUGACCGAGGCGCCGCAGAACCUGGAGGUGGACGAGGGUGAACCAGUCACCUUCACCUCAAGGAUCACGGGGUCUCCACCACCGAACGUGACGUGGUACAGGAACAACGUCAUCAUCAAACCAUCAAAAUAUUUCCGCAUGGAAUCUUCCCCGGAUGGCACUCACAGCCUCAGUAUUCUUGAGGCCUUCCCAGAAGACACCGGUAACUACCGCUGUGUGGCUCGUAACAAGGCCGGGGAGGUCACUUGUUUCGCGACUCUGAAGGUCCAUGCCUUAGAGAGUGAAGCUGAGGCUCCAGCCCCUGCCCAGAGGGACACACCACCAAGCUUCACCAAGCCGAUUUCUAACACACUCGUUGUGGAAGGAAGUCCAGCCACAUUUGAGGCCGAAUACAGCGGCACACCUGAACCGACCAUCACCUGGCUAAGAAACAGCCUGCAGGUCCUGCAAGACUCGACCAACUACAAGAUUGAGCGUACAACCACCAAGACAAUUCUGACCAUUCGCGAGGCUCGCCCCGAAGACAGCGGUCUUAUCACCUGUCGCAUCAAGAACGUUGCUGGCAUCACCGAGUGCUCCGCAGAACUCUAUGUCCAAGACACGGAAGAGGCCCGUCUGCUGGAGGAGAAGUACAUAACAACAAUCAAGACAACACCACCUGAGUUUGUCAAGGCUCUGUCUCCUGUACAGGAUGUACAGCCAGGAGGCACAGCUAGAUUAUACGCGUCUAUCAAUGCGUACCCACCACCUAAGUGUCAGUGGUACACCAAGGGUGUCCAGAUCGUGCCAAGCGAACGCCGACAGGUGGUACAGGAGGACAACUCCAUCAUCCUCAUCAUCAUCAACGUCCAAGAGGAGGACUCCGGUGACUACAUUCUCAAGGUCGAGAAUGAGAUGGGAGAGGUCACCUGUAGGACAACAUUGACUGUCAGAGGUAAAACCCAGUACGUAGCCAUGCCCCCUACGGACACUGAGACACUGACUAUCAGAGAAACCACCACCAUGGUCACUCGUGAAGAGCGCUUCGUCACCGAGAUGAUCAAGCCAGAGCUCAUCGAACCACUGGAGCCAGAAAUCUACGUCAGAGAACGAGGAAUAGCUAGGCUGCAAUGUAAAGUGGACAGCUACCCUCCGCCCCUUGUCACCUGGUUUGUGAAUGGAAUGGAGAUCCGUCCAUCACCCCACUAUGAGAUGAUGACGGAGGAAGGAAACAGCAUCCUCCUCAUCAUAGAAGUCGGCCCGGAGGACACCGGCGAGUACACCUGCCGCGCCGUCUCCGAGCUCGGCGAGGUCAUGUCCAGCACGACACUCUAUGUUCAAGAACCAGUGACAAAAGAAAUGCCAGCCGUGCCGAAAAGACCAGAAGAAACAGUCUCCUUGGAGCCUUCCCCCUCUGAGGAGUUGAUGCCUCCACGAUUCGCCGAGGUGCUGCCUUCUAUGGAAACAUACGACGGAGAAGAAGUGAAUAUUCCAUGCAAGGUGGUGGGGAAACCCCCUCCCCAGAUUUCUUUCUUCCACAACGGAAAGAACAUUGACCAUGACGAGGAGUAUGUGGUGUCGUACAACCCGGAUACCGGGGACAUCCAUCUCCUCAUUGUGGAGGUGUUCCCUGAGGACGAGGGAGAGUAUGUGUGCGUGGCCUCCAACCCUGCGGGGGAGGCGAGCACUCGCGCCUACCUCACGGUUCUCACACCCGAAGACUCCGUCGACGCUGCAGCACCGAUGGAAGUCGAGGUCGUAGCACAGCUUAUUGACCGACCCAAACUGGAACCUCUUGAGAAAGAGGAACCACCGGCAUCACCACCACGUGAGAAACCAGUCAAAAUGGAGGUUACAGAGGUGAAAAGGCCUGAAGAACCUAUGGAGGAAGUGGAAGAGGAGGUUACGGAACAAAUGGCAAAACCCCAGAAAAUUGAGCGCGAGAAGAAGAUUCCCUUGGAACCGGAGCGAGCCCCCGAGUCACCUGAAAGAACUGUUAAAGUCACUGUGGAACGUAAACCUGUUCCCAAGCCGGAGGAAAAACAUACAGAGGUCUGUGAGGCUACUUUAAUGCCUCAGACCAUCACCAGGAAGUUCCAGCUACCAGAUGUGAAACCAGUGGAGGAACAUGUGGAUAAGGAGGACUCAGUGGUCGGGGAGGAGAAACCCCCACAGAAGGAGGAAGUUGUCAGUCAGUUCACGCUGGAGGAGGCACAGGAAGUUACGGAGAUUCCACCCGAGUUUGUGGAACUCUUACAGCCUCAGAUGAUCCCCGACGGGGAGGAGAUCACGAUGACUUGUCGUGUGGAAGGCACACCAUUCCCGACAGUCACGUGGUACCGUGAGCGACAGGAGAUAACGCCCAGCACCGACUUUAAGAUCACAACUGACCAGACCACAGGAGUGUGUACACUGUACAUACCAGAGGUAUUCCCAGAGGAUGCCGGCGAGUACGCAUGUAGAGCUAUCAACCCCUUCGGAGAGGCUGUUACCACGGCAACACUUCUGGUUCACACCUUGCCAGAAGAAGAAGAGCCUGAAGAUGUUACAGUCAUUGAGGAGAAAUAUGUGACAAAGAUUGAAAAAUCACCGGAGUUUGUGCGUCCCCUUAAUCCAGUCCUGAAUAUAGAGGAAGAUCAAACUGCACGACUUGAAGUUGAGGUCGUUGGUGAACCAAGACCAAAGGUCACAUGGUACGUGAACGAGAUUCGUCUGAUGCCAACACCACGUGUCCAGAUUAUUGACGAACGUACAACCUGUACAUUGGUCAUCACAAAGGUCGUACCCUCCGAUUCCCAGGACUACAUCUGUGUGGCCGAAAAUGACCGCGGCGUGGUCACUUGUAAGACUACUCUACAUGUAACACAUAUCACCAAGAAGCCGGUGCAGCCUUCCACAGCCAAGACGGCUGAAGAAUCUCUUAAGCCUGAGGAGACUGUGGAGGUUACUAUGGCAACUGAGGAGACCAGCACAUCAUCUGUCGUCACCACUGAGGUCAGCACGGCUAUAGUAGAAACGAGACGCGAAAGCAAGGUACCAACAACUGAAGAAACACUGUCAGAGGAGGAGACAGGACCCCUGGAUUCAAUUCAUCCGGAGGAGACAAUGCCAUCUGAGGUAGAAGUUAUUGAGAUCAAACCCACGAAGACAACGUUUGAACAGACAAAGGUAACUGUCCAGGAGAAAACUGUGGAUAAAUCCGAAGUCACCGAGAUCAAGAUUCCUGUCACACAGGAAACUGUGCCAGUCGAGAUUGAGUUCCAGGUUUCCAAAGCAACCAGCGAAACUGUUGUCACAAAAACUGAAAUGGUCAAAGAGGCCACACAAACUGUGGAAAUCGAAAUGGUUCCAGAACAAAAACCAGAAACUGAGACCCCAAUUCAGGUACAAGAGAUUUCCUUCGAGAUUGCCAAGAAGGUUGAAACCAUUGAAACCGAGGAAGUCCAGAGUCCACGAUUCACAACAUCACUCACAGAUAUCACCAUCAUGGAAAACAAUGCUCUUCAUUUGGAGGUCGUCUUCACAGCACGGCCUGCUCCAAAGGUCACCUGGUUUCUGGAUGGCGAACCACUGAAAACGAGCGAGGACAUUGAGAUUGUUGUCACGGAAACCACCAGCUCCUUCAUCAUCAAGGACGCAUAUCCGGAAGACGAAGGAGAGUACUGGGUUGAGGUUACGAACAAGGCUGGCACAGCGAGGUCCACAGCUUACAUCUGCGUUCUUCCUCGAAGUGCUCCUUCCUCUGAAGCACAAGAAACAGAUGAGGAAUCUUUCUUCAAGGAAACUUUGGAAGUCGUUCCAAAGUCACCGAUCACCAUUCAAGAGCUAGAGGAGGAAGAGGCUGUGCCCGAGGAGAAAGUUCAAGAGGUCACAGAACUGACAAUUCCAGUCAAAGAUGACCUUCCAGAGGUUGCAGAGGAAGAGAUUGUGACAACAGAAAAAGAAGUCUCACCAAAACCACAAAUAUCCGAACUAGAGUUACAAUUUACACCUGUAGAAACCCCAGUGGAACAAGAGGUGAUUGAGGAGGUCAAAACUGUUAUUAUCAAAAAGAAAACAGAAAAAACUGAAAUCUCUGUUCCUGUUGAUGUUGAUGAAAUCAGUGAGGAGACCAUCGUCCGAACUGAAAAAGUGAUUGACAGCAAACCCCAGGUCACUGAAGUGGAAAUUGACAUCGCACCAGAGAAAACCACUACUACUACUGAGGUGACCGAAAUCACCAAAGUUACAGAGGAAACUUUCACAGAGACAAUUUCAAUUAUCCCUGAGGAAAAACCUGAAACUGAACUUUCUGAGAUAACUCUUGAAGUUAUUGACAAGCAGCCGGAAGUUGAAGAAGUUGAAGUCACUGCUCCUGAGGUUGUCACGGAGACCACUUUCAGAGACACCAUUGAAAUUGCUCCAACAACUACAGAGGUUUCUGAAAUCAAAACGGAACCCAUCAUAGAAUUCCCAGAGGAGGAAGUUGUUGUAAAAACAGUAAAAGAAGUCUCACCAAAACCACAAAUGUCCGAACUAGAGUUACAAUUUACACCUGUAGAAACCCCAGUUGAACAAGAGGUGAUUGAGGAGGUCAAAACUGUUAUUAUCAAAAAGAAAACAGAAAAAACUGAAAUCUCUGUACCUGUUGAUGUUGAUGAAAUCAGUGAGGAGACCAUCGUCCGAACUGAAAAAGUGAUUGACAGCAAACCCCAGGUCACUGAAGUGGAAAUUGACAUCGCACCAGAGGAAACCGUUACUACUACCGAGAUGACCGAAAUCACCAAAGUUACAGAGGAAACUUUCACAGAGACAAUUUCUAUUAUCCCUGAGGAAAAACCUGAAACUGAACUUUCUGAGGUAACUCUGGAGAUUAUUGAAAAGCAGCCAGAAGUUGAAGAAGUUGAAGUCACUGCUCCUGAGGUUGUCACGGAGACCACUUUCAGAGACACCAUUGAAAUUGCUCCAACAACUACAGAGGUUUCUGAAAUCAAAACGGAACCCAUCAUAGAAUUCCCAGAGGAGGAAGUUGUUGUAAAAACAGAAAAAGAAGUCUCACCAAAACCGCAAUUGUCCGAACUUGAGUUACAAUUUACACCUGUAGAAACCCCAGUUGAACAAGAGGUGAUAGAGGAGGUCAAAACUGUUAUUAUCAAAAAGAAAACAGAAAAAACUGAAAUCUCUGUUCCUGUUGAUGAUGAUGAAAUCAGUGAGGAGACCAUCGUCCGAACUGAAAAAGUGAUUGACAGCAAACCCCAGGUCACUGAAGUGGAAAUUGACAUCGCACCAGAGAAAACCACUACUACUACUGAGGUGACCGAAAUCACCAAAGUUACAGAGGAAACUUUCACAGAGACAAUUUCAAUUAUCCCUGAGGAAAAUCCUGAAACUGAAUUUUCUGAUAUAACUCUGGAGAUUAUUGAAAAGCAGCCAGAAGUUGAAGAAGUUGAAGUCACUGCUCCUGAGGUUGUCACGGAGACCACUUUCAGAGACACCAUUGAAAUUCCUCAAACAACUACAGAGGUUUCUGAAAUCAAAACGGAACCCAUCAUAGAAUUCCCAGAGGAGGAAGUUGUUGUAAAAACAGAAAAAGAAGUCUCACCAAAACCGCAAUUAUCCGAACUAGAGUUACAAUUUACACCUGUAGAAACCCAAGUUGAACAAGAGGUGAUAGAGGAGGUCAAAACUGUUAUUAUCAAAAAGAAAACAGAAAAAACUGAAAUCUCUAUACCUGUUGAUUUUGAUGAAAUCAGUGAGGAGACCAUCGUCCGAACUGAAAAGGUGAUUGACAGCAAACCCCAGGUCACUGAAGUGGAAAUUGACAUCGCACCAGAGGAAACCACUACUGAGAUCACCAAAACCACAACUGAAAUAACGGAAGAGUCCAUCACAGAAAUUGUUUCUGUUAUUCCAGAGGAGAAACCCAACGUGCCUUCAGAAGUGUCGGAAAUUACAUUGGAUGUUCAUAAACAGCCGGACAUCGUUGAGGUUGAAAUUGCAGCACCUGAAUCUGUUACAGAAACUACCUUCAGAGAAAUGCUCGAAAUAGUUCACAAAGAGGACGAAAGUCCCGUUGAAAUUACACCUGAAGAAAAGUUUAAGGAAACUCUGGAACUAGCCUCUAAGCCACAGACUACGGAGGUGGAAGUAGAGCUAACACCAGUACUGAAGGGCGAAACACAGGUAACUGAUGUUUCAGAGGAAACUGUUACAGAAACUCAACACUUCACUGAAACAAUUGACAUCAUCCCAACUGCACAACAACAGGAAAUACAGAUUGAAAUUAAACCACAGCAACCAGAAACCAUGGUAACCUUUAAGGAAACCAAAGAGAUUUCUGAGGUCACUGAAGAAACUGAGGUUGAGGCUCCAAAGGAAGAUGCGAUCGAGACAGAAAGAGAGGUCAUUGUUGUUACUGAACUUCCUGUUGAAUCUGAAGAAUUAACAGAAUCUUCUCCUCCAGAGGUUCAGACCAUCGAGACAGAAAGAGAGGUCAUGGAGGUCAAGCCAGAGGUGAAAUCUACCCAGGUCACAACAGAGGUCAAAGAGGUCACUGAUAAACCUGUUACUGAGGAGGUCACUGAUGUCAAAAUAGAACCCGAAGAAUCGCUGUCAGAUGUUACAGAAACCACUGUAGAAACUGUAGAUGUUGAAGAGGAGAAACCAGCCAAGGUUUCCGAAGAAACUGAAGAAACUCUCACUGUAGAAAUCACAGAAUCUGAGGAAGUUGAGGUCACUCAAGUUGUUUCAGAAAUCAUCAUUGAGACGGAUGAGAUGGCUGAUGUUGAUGAUCAGAAGAUAACGGAUGUUACAGAAAUCUUCGAAGAAACACUCUCCACUGAAGUUGCUGAUGUUGUCCCUGUAGAGACAGAACAACCAAAGGUAGAGGUUUUGGAGGAAACUCACGAAACAAUCAAACUUGAAGACACCACACCAACAGAUGUUAAGGAACAAGUUGAAGAACAGACCUUUGAACAACAUGAAGAAAUACCUGAGGACCAGACUGAUGUUUCUACGGAGCAAAAGACAGAAAAGACCAGCGAAUCUGUCACAAUCACUGUAGGCAAACCUACAGAAGUGUCGGAGGUCGAUCUUCAGAUACAAGAAACUCAGACAGAGGAAAUUCAACCAGAGACGGAGGCCGAGAAACCAUCAGAGGAAACAAUUGAGGAAACACGCGAAGUCAUUGUUUUUGAUGAGAAAGUACCUACAGUUGUUACAGAAACAGAUGCUGUAGUUUCUGUGGAAAUAUCCUCUGAAGUCGACAUGGAAAUGGAAAUCCAGAGACCCACAGAGGAAGUCACAGAAGUGACCAGAGAAACCAUCGAAAUACUGGAGGAAAAACCAACAGAAGUUGACCAACUGGAACAAGACCAGGAAACACUAGCUGUUCAAGAAAUAUCUGAAAUUCAAAUUGACACAACUGAUUCAAAAUCUUCUGAAUAUUCCGAGGAAACUGUCGUUAUUGAUAUCAAAAAGCCCAGCAGAAGUGAGGUUACAGAGGUUUCCUUUCAGGCAGAGGAGUUACUGGAUGAAACUCCAGAGGUUGAGACAGAGAAACCCGAGGAGGUAAUGACAACGGAGGUAAGACAAACCAUCACUGUUGAGGAAAGUAAGGAAUCGGAGGUCUCAAAACUGGAGAUUGAUGUUGAUAAAGCACCAACUGAAGACAUCACAGAGAUUGAAACUGUCAAACCAGUUAUUGAUACACUAGAGGAGACAGCAGAAACUGUAUCAGUAGAAGAAUCGAAACCUGCUGAAACCCCAGUUACCACAACAGAAGAACAGACUGAUGUAGUUGAGGAGGUUCUUGAAGAAAUGGCUGAGAAACCAAAGGAAGAAACCAUUGAGGAAACCAAAGAGACCAUUGUUAUUCAAGAGAAACCAGAAACUGAAACUGCUGAGGAAAUAACUGUUGUAGAACAAGAGAAAGUCCAAAAGCAGGUCAGCUUUGAUCUGGAGAAAUCUGAGGAGUACGUCACUGACUCCUAUGAAGAACUCGUCAUCAGGGAGGAUGAGGAUGUCUCAAUGACUGAGGAGGAUGAAGAGAAGAAGGAUGUAGAAACCUCAGAGAUUAUAGUCGAAACCAUUGAAAAAUAUGCAGUGGAAUUCACCAAAGAACUGCUUGAAACAGUUUUGGUAGAUGAAACUGUUCCAACUCAAAUCAAGGAUGUAGAAAUACCAGAAACUACUGAAGAAAAGACAACAGAAAGUGUGGAAUUGUCUGAAGUCACUGAGGAGGAACUCCUGCAGCCGGAGAAAGAUGUCUCUCAGAUUUCCUUGAAUAUUGACUUGACUCAACCUUCUGAGGAAGUUGUCUCAGAAGUCACACAAACAGUAGUCAUUGAGGAAGUUAAGCCUUCAGAGGCUAAAACUGAGGAGGAUCUUGCAGUACCAGAGGAGAUUGCUGAACUUGAGAUCCAACUGACUGAGGAUAUUCCAGAACAAGUAGAAGAAGAUGUCUCUGAAACUGUAACAGUUGAUGUUACCAAAACUACAGACAUUGAAAUUUCAGAGGAACUUAUACCUGAAGAGGAGGUUCCUGAAAUUAAACCCUCACCAGAAGAGGAAACAACCAUAGAGUCUGAUGUUCCACUAGUGGAGACUCAUGUCUCUGUAGAUGAGACGAAACCUUCAGAAGCUAGGCCAGAAUCUGACGAAAUUACCCAGGAAACUGUCACAGAAAUUGAUGUAGAGGUAGAAACAGAAAAACCAAGUGAAGAAACUGUCACUGAAGUCACUGAGUCUCUCACCAUGGAAGACAAACAACCAACUGAUGUCAGUACACAGGAGGCUGUUAUUUCAGCAGAAGAGGCUGUGGAAACAACGCAAGACAUUGAGGAAGAGAAACCUUCUGAGAGUGUCACACCUACAGUGUCUGAGGUUUCUUCUGUCACAGAGAAACUGGUUUCUGAAACUGCAGCUACCGAAUCUGACAUUCCAGUUGAUGAGGUUACAGAAAAGAAACCAGAAUUUGAGACAGAAGAAACAAUAGAGACAGAGGUUUCUGACAUAACUGAGGUUGCUAUUGAAUUGGAAUCAAAACCAUCUGAGGUUGCACCAGGCGAGGAAACAAUUCCAGCAGAGGAGGCACCUGAAACUACCGCAGACAUUAUCACAGACAGCUCCAUCGAGGAGGUUGUAAUUCCCAUUACUGAACAAGUCUCUGUGGAAGACACCAUCACAUCAGAGGUGGAAACCACAGAUGAACUUCUUGUCGAUGAGGACAUCAAAGAACUAAGCGAGGAAAGGGAGACGGAAAAACCAAAAGAGGAUUUAGUUACAGAAGUCAAAGAAACUGUAACAAUCGACGAAGAAAUUCCUUCUGUUGUAAAAACUGAGGAGGAUGUACUUCCUGAGGAACAGGCUGAGGAAAACCCAGAAGUGGGUACCGAAAUAACUCCAGAGGAAGUUGCUGAGGAGGUUACCGUCACCCCUGCUGUCGAGGACACCAAAACUUCUGAGAUCACUUUGGAAGAAGCUAUUCUUACUGAGGAAUCUGUGGAAGACCAGCCAGGUGUGACAGAGGAGACAACUGUGGAAGUAGAAGUUUCCAAAGUUACCAAAGUCACAUUUGCUGAGGAAACCAUCCCAUCUGAGGUUUCUGAAGCUGAGGACAUACUUGAGGAAGAGCUCUUGGAAGACCAACCAGAAGCCGAGACAGAGACACCAUCUGAGAUUGAAGAAUCUAAAGUCUCAGUGGUAACAUUUGCAGAAGAUGUUAUCCCAACAGAGGUUUCCGAAAUUGAACAUAUCGUAACUGAAGAAAUUUCUGAAGACCAACCAGAAGUUGAAACUGCAAAACCAGUCGAAGAAACUGUAUCUGAGGUCACGGAACAAAUUGAUGUCGAAGAUUCAGAAGUGGCCAUAGUAAAAGAAGUAGAGGAAGUCCCUCUCGAAACCGAGACCCAACUUGAAGAUAUCGCACAAAAAUUUGCUAACGAAAUAAUCACAGAGGCAUCUAAAAUGGUUGCCAUUCAGGAGGCUAAGCCGACUGAAGUUGAUGUCGCAGUAGAUCUUCAGCCAGAAGAACAAGCUGAGGACAAAUUUGAGGUAGAAACUGAGAAACCCAGCAAGAUGGAAGUGAGUGUUGUGACGGCUGAUGUCAGUGUUAGCGACCAGGUACAAACUGAAGUAUCGGUUGAUCUAGCUGUGAGUGAGGACUUAACAGUAGAAGAAGUAAUUUCUGAGGUUCCUGUCACAGCCACAGAGAAACCCACUGAGGAAACCACACAAACAGCCACUAUGGAGAUUGUCCCAUCCGAGGAAACUCCAGAGGAAACUCCAGAGGAAAUCACCGAAGAAUCCUUGGAAGAGAAGAAACCUGCAAAAACUGUGCAAAAAACCAUAGAGGUCAGCCAGCAACAGGUCGUUACCAUGGGAUUUGAGGUCAGUGAAAAGGUCAUCGAAGCCCAAACUGUUGAAGAGGUAUCUACCGUUGAAAUACAGGUCAAGACUGAAACACAAGAAACUGUUGCACAAGCUGUGAUUACAGAGGAAAGCACGGCCCCUAAAGUUGAAGAGGGGGUUACGGAAGCUCCCCGUUUCAUACAGACCCUCCAGCGACAAGUCAAUGUACACGAAGGCUCCACGGUUACGGUCGAGUGCGUAGUGACCGGCACGCCCACUCCCGAGGUCAUGUGGUUCCAGGAUGAUGAAGAGCUACGUCCUGACGAACACUACGUGACAGAGUACCACAAAGGAGUUUGUCGCCUUACUAUACAACACAUAUACCUGGACGACGAAGCCAUUUACAAGUGUGAGGCGACCAACCAGCACGGCGUUGCCACUACAACUAUUGAGAUUUUCGUGGAAAAAAUGGCCCCUCAUGUUGACGAGGAGGAGGAGAAGGUCAUUCCCGUUACCGAGGAGACCGUGGAGACUGUGGAGGGUCUACCUACUAUCCAGGAGACGGUGGCUCCAGAAACCACGGAGGCCACCUCCCUGGAGAUUGCCGUGGGUGGCAUAAGUCCCACGGAGACGGAGGAAGUUUCUUUCGAGUUUGUGACACGGGAGAAGGCGAAGGCCACUCCCGAGGAGGUCACAACAGAGUCUAUAGUAGCCCUUCCUGAACAGCAGGAUGUUCCUCUGACGGCGGCAGUUCAGGAAGUCUCUGAGGUGGUUACCACAGAGACGAGGAUGGAGAUUGGACUGGAGACUCAGCCAGAAGAGGUCAUGCCUGAAGAGGUUACCGUCAAGGAACUGCUACUGCCCAAGGAGGAAGUUCCUGUCGUGGAGACAGCACCCGAUGUGGUGGAAGAAGUAAUUGAGGAAGAGGCUACACCUACGAAACCCACAGGGGAAGCACCGCGAUUCACGACCGAGCUCAGUAACAUUACCGUUACCGAGAGUGCAUCGGUCAAAUUUAUCUGCAUUGUUAUCGGUAUUCCAAGGCCAAAGGUCACAUGGCUUUUGGACGGUGAGAAAAUCGAGGAUUCGGAAACCUAUAUUACGGAGUACCGACAGGACGGUACCUGCACUCUCACCAUCGAGGAAUCAUUCAAAGAGGACGAGGGUGAAUACAGUUGCCAGGCAGUGAACGAAUUUGGCACUGCCAUGACCACUGCUGUACUGAAGCUUACCGCUCCAGAAGAAAAACUUGAGGAGUCCGUAGCAGAGGUGACCAUUGAUGUAGUGACCAAGGUUCAAGAAACCAAAGAAGAAAUUGAAGCAGAACUUACUAUUGAACAGGUUCUAUCUGAAAAAGAAAAACUUGUGACAGCAGAAGAAGAGAAGGAUGCUGUAUCUGAAGAAGAGAAAUCUCCUGCUCCUGAUGAGGUUGUUAAACCCAAAUCACCAGAACUUGUCACUGCUGAAAUUCUUGAGGAACGCACAGCACCAGAAAUCGUCCAACAACUUGAGGACAUCACGUCCAAGGAUGGUGGCAGCGCACGCUUCCAGUGCAUCGUCGAGGGCCAUCCCCGCCCAGAGGUCACAUGGUACAAAGAUAAAGAAGCGCUCACAACUUGUGAAGAAUUCAGUAUCUCCUACGAAGAUAACCUUACUGUACUGGAGAUCCCUGAUGUUUACGUGGAGGACGGCGGAAAAUACAUAGUCGUGGCCAAGAACGAGCUUGGCUCUGCCACGACAUCAGCAGAGCUCAUUAUAGAAGUGCCUGCUGAAGAGAUUAUCACUGGCAUUCCCCCCUACUUUGAUAAGAAACCCAAAUUCCAGAACGUGGAGACCGGGUCAACUGUUCACUUUGAGGCCGUGGUCAGAGCUUUACCACAGCCAGAUAUUAUGUGGACACGGGAGGGAGCCAUUAUUUCCUCGUCAGACAAAUACAGUGUGGAGACAGCCCCUCUACCUGAGGAGAACACCUACCACACCAGUCUGACACUGAACCAGGUCACAUUGGGUGACGCUGGCACAUACAAAGUCAGAGCGUCCAACGAGGAAGGCGACGCCAAUGUGUCUGUCUCGCUCCUCGUCAGAGACGAAGGACCCAAGACGACAGACUUCCGUGAUAGUCUCAAAAAAGAAGUGAAAACCAGGGUGGGCUUCAAAUUAAAAAAGCCAAAACCACAAGUGGAUUUCAGAGCUCAUCUAAAGGAAGUAAAAACCAGGGUUGGAAUAAAACAUGCACCAGCACAGAAGGACUUCAGGGAAAAUCUCAAAACUGAAGUGAAAACGAAGGUCGGUGUAUCACAUGGUCCUGAGCAAAUCGACUUCCGUGACAAACUCAAAUCACAGGUUCGGACUAAGGAAGGGGUUUCCUUUGGAGCAGAACAAUUAGACUUUAGGGAUAGUCUCAAAAGCAAAGUGAAAACCAAAGUCGGCAUGUCCUAUCAGGCGGAACAGGUGGAUUAUAGGGAUGCGCUCCAGCGACAGGUGAAAACCAAAGUUGGAACAACCUUUGCGACAGAACAGGUUGAUCACAGAGAUGCUCUUCAAAAGCAGGUGCAAACCAAGGUGGGCACGUCUUUUGCCACGGAACAAGUUGAUUAUAGAGAUGCGCUUCAGCGCCAGGUCGAUACCAAGGUCGGCACAGUCUAUGCUUCAGAACAGGUGGACUAUAGAGACACGCUCCAGAGGGAAGUAACGACAAAGGUUGGGGUCACUUACGAAUCUGAGCAGGUUGACUACCGCGAUGCCUUACAGACAAAGGUGACAACCAAGGUAGGGACCCAAGGUUACCAGGCCGAGCAAAUAGACUUCCGCGAAGUUUUACAAAAACAGACUUUGGAGGAAUCCCAGACGGAAGUCCUGACAGCCGAACAGGUAGACUUCCGUGAUGUUCUCCAGCAUGUCGAAGUGGUCGCACCAAGAUUCGAGACCAGGAUCGAGAGCGUGGUUACCAAGGAAGGUGAACCCGCCAAAUUUUUCGUGAAAGUCACAGGAAAGCCGGCCCCCACCAUUUCGUGGCACCAUGACGACCAAGUUCUCACCACUGACGAGAUCUACAGGGUCACAGAGGGUGAGGAAGGGGAGAGCACUCUUGAACUGCCUGAAGUGUUCCUAGAGGACACUGGCAGGUAUACAGUCAAAGCUGUCAACGAAGCUGGUGAAGCUAUCGCCACAGCAGCACUAACAGUGACAGAGGAAAUCGUUCAAGAGGAAACUUUCUCAACAACAGAAAUCAUUCAACAGGAAGUUACGCAGACAGUCGAAUCGGAACAAGUGGUUUCUGUCCAGCAAACCAUAGAAACCUCUGAUGUCACCAGAACACAAGUGACUUUGGAGGAAUCCCAGACGGAAGUCCUGACAGCCGAACAGGUAGACUUCCGUGAUGUUCUCCAGCAUGUCGAAGUGGUCGCACCAAGAUUCGAGACCAUGAUCGAGAGCGUGGUUACCAAGGAAGGUGAACCCGCCAAAUUUUUCGUGAAAGUCACAGGAAAGCCGGCCCCCACCAUUUCGUGGCACCAUGACGACCAAGUUCUCACCACUGACGAGAUCUACAGGGUCACAGAGGGUGAGGAAGGGGAGAGCACUCUUGAACUGCCUGAAGUGUUCCCAGAGGACACUGGCAGGUAUACAGUCAAAGCUGUCAACGAAGCUGGUGAAGCUAUCGCCACAGCAGCACUAACAGUGACAGAGGAAAUCGUUCAAGAGGAAACUUUCUCAACAACAGAAAUCAUUCAACAGGAAGUUACGCAGACAGUUGAAUCGGAACAAGUGGUUUCUGUCCAGCAAACCAUAGAAACCUCUGAUGUCACCAGAACACAAGUAGACGUCUCAGCCGGCCUCAUUGCAGAGGAACAGGUCUCAGAGAUCCAGAAGGUUGGUGACCUCGUUGCUCCGGCAGUUACUGUCGAGAUUGACAAAGCGGUUGCAAAGGAAGGAGAGCCUGUCCAGUUCAUCGCCAAGGCGUCUGGUUCACCGGCCCCGACCCUCCAAUGGUACUAUGGCACAGAGCCAAUCACCACCGACGAGAUCUACAAGGUCACAGAGAGUAAGGAAGGGGAGAGCACUCUGGAGUUGGCCGAAGUCUUCCCAGAGGAUGCUGGUCAAUAUACAGUCAAGGCUGUCAAUGGGGCAGGAGAGGCCGUCGCUACAACAACACUCAACAUCGUUGAAUAUGCAGAGGAACAACCAGAAAUGGCAGCUGAAGUAUCAGUGAAACUCGCUUCAGAAGAGGAGGAAGUCGAGGUUAUCGGUGACGACGAGGAAUUCUAUGAAGCUGAAGAAUCAGUACCGCAAUUCAGCUUCGAGGCGAAGGUUGAUACUGAUGAAGAAUCUGACGUUGUGUCAGAUACUGAAGAGAAACCAGAAUAUACCUUCAACGCCGAUUUCAGUAUUGACAGUCAGAUUAUAAAAGACAAAGAAUCUGAGGAGGAAUUCACAUUCAUCCUCAAAGAGGAUGUCCCUGAACGGUCUCCGGAGAAGGACGUUGAUGAGACAGAUGAGUUUACCUUUGUCACCAAAGAUGACAUCCCAAAAUUGGAUCUGCCUCACUCUUCAUCAGAUGAAGAAGAGGAGGUACGAAGACCCAGACCGGUACAGGAUGAUGACUUGUCUAUAUCCAGUUCAGAGGAAUAUAUCUCAGACGAGGAGGUUGUUGUAUCCUCUGCCAGCUCAGAUUCGGAGCCUGAAACAGACAAGGAACAACGUAAAGUAUUGAUGCCGGACGUAGUCCCUAAACAUAAAGAGCCCAUCAAAGUCUACCCCACUUCAUCCUCCUCAUCUACCUCUGAGGAAGAAGAAGAAGAAGAUGAGGUGAAGGAUCAGACUUUUGAUGCAACUGUCUUUGUGGAGGAGAAGCUACAACCAGACAGUGUACCAGUAGAAGAAGCAAUGGUUCCGGUAGAUGAGCCCUUUGUGUCCUCGUUCGAGAUUGUGUCCAGGGAUGAAUACAUGUCCAGACAGGCGAUACUCGAGCCAGACGACGUGACAUAUGAGGCAAAAUUAGAAGACAAGGAAGUUGAACAGCCUUUUACAUCCACAGCAGAAGAAGCUGUCUUCACCCUCAAAACAGAUGAGGAAGAGGAACCGUCUGCUCCGCAUACAGAACAUGACUUUGAUGUCCGUCUUGAAACUGAUGAAGAACCUCGAGAGGAUGUUGUAGUCCAGAUGUACAUGGAUAAGAAGUCCGACGAUGAAGAACUUUUGGAGGAGUUUACUAUCUCGGCUCCUAAAGACAAGAGGGAGGAGAUCAUGUUUGAGGAAAAGCAACCUGACGUGAGCGUGGAAGAACUGAUGGAAGAACAAGAUCAGGAAUUAAAACCGACACCAGAGUUUUCCUUUGAGGCGGAGAUUCAGGAAGAAAGACUAGAUGAUGAGGAUAUUGGUGAAGUGUCCUAUGAGAUUGAGGUAUCAGAACCGAGAGAAUCGGAUGUCUCAUUUGAUGACCAGUCACUGAACGUCGUGAUGACUGUCGAUAACGAUAUUUCACUGCCAAGUGACAUCUCAUCCGAAGGCAUUGAAGAAGAUGAUGAGCUUUACGAGGACAUUGAAGAGUUCCAGGGAACGACAGUGUCUGUUCUCGAGACUGUGCCAGAGGAAUCAUCGCUGGAGGAGAGUCGAUCCGCAGACAUCACACCCGAGGUGGAUCAAGAUGUCUCGUUCUCAUUCUCCGUGGACGACGGACCGAAGGAUGAGGUUCAGGAAUCAUUCUCAAUCUCAGAGGUCAAGACUGUAGAGUCUGUUGAGGUUGAGGUCACCAUCCCAAGGUUCAUGAGAGAGCUAUCAGACCAGGAGGUUACCGAGGGUGACACUGUCACCUUCAUUGUGGAGGUCCUCGGCAGCCCAUUCCCAGACAUCUCAUGGUUCAAGGAUGGUGUUGAGAUCACCCCCGACGACCACUUCCAAAUGGAAGUCCGUGGAAACUUUGCCUCACUUAUUGUCAAGGAUGUUGUUACCAACGAUGAUGCUGAAUAUGUUGUCAAGGCAACUAACCAGGCUGGAACUGCCUCCAGUAUGGGAGAGCUCUUCGUCAAUCCAUCAGGAGAAGCCCCUACAUUUGUGGUCCGACUUGAAGAUCAGACUAUCGAACUUGGCACACCAAUCAAAUUGGAGUGCCAGGUCAAAGGUCAUCCUAAACCUAAGGUCACAUGGCUGAAGGAUGGAGAGGAAGUCAAAGAUGAACGAUACACAAUUGAGUUUAUCGAGGAGACAGCGACACUUCAGAUUGCAGAAAGCGUGCCAUCAGAUGAGGGAGACUACUCCGUAAAGGCAGUUAACGACCGUGGUGCUGCCACCUGCAACGCCGAAGUCCUUGUGAACCUGGAGGCUCCAAAAUUCACCAAACCCCUAUCAAACGUUUCAGUUGACAUUGAUGACAUUGCCACUCUCGAGUGUACAGUUAUCGGUAAACCGACUCCGAAGGUCACCUGGUUAGCCAAUCAAACAAUAAUCGAAGAAAGUGUCAAAUAUCACGCCAGUUUCCAUGACAGCGUUGCGACCUUGGAGGUGACCUCUGUCACUGAGGAAGAUGGUGACAUUGUUUUCACGUGCAAGGCAGAGAAUGUGGCCGGAGAUACCAGCUGCAGUGCCCAACUGACCGUGCAAGGAACCAAGAAAGUGGAAACAGUGGAGGAGACCGCUGUUAUCAAACCUGAGAAAGGACACGCCCCUGAGUUUGUCCUCAAGAUCAAAACACAGACGAUUACCGAAGGUGAAACAGUUGACUUUAACUGUGAAGUGAUCGGCGAGCCCAAACCCGACCUGCACUGGCUGUGUAACGGCCACGAGCUCACAGAGGAGGGUAAAUACAUGGUGUUCGAUGACGAAAAACUUCACCACCUCGAGGUUUAUGACAUCACACCCGAGGAUGCUGGGAAGUAUGCCGUUGAGGCAGAAAACAAAUUCGGCAAAGUCACCUGUACAGCUGAACUUCAAGUUACAGCUAAACCAGUUGAAGAGGUGAAGGAGCUUGAAGCACCUAAAUUUGUGGUUGAAAUACAGACGGUUGAGACAACUGUCGGAGAAAAAGCAACAUUCACUUGUCGUGCAACUGGUAAACCCACACCAGAGAUCCUGUGGUAUAAAAACGACAAAGAAAUCACAAAGACCGACAACCGAUUUACAAUCCAAUAUGGCGAAGACUGUGAGUCGUCACUUCUCAUCGUUGACGUUCUGCCAGAGCAUGAUGGGACAUACACUGCCGAAGCCAAGAACGAGGCGGGCACAGCCAAAUGUAAAGCAGAACUCUUCGUUGAAGAGCCUAAGGAUGAGAAGUUAUCUCCCCCUGAGUUCAUCAAGGUACCAGAGAAGGUCGUUGCUAGGGAACAUGAACGUGCUCAAUUCCUGGUCAAGGUUGUCGGAAUGCCGAAACCAACAGUUGCCUGGAAGAAGGACAAACUUCUUGAAGACAAAGAUUUGUAUGACUUCGAGAAAUACGAGGACACCUACUGCUUUGAGAUCAAGGACACCGAGACAAUUGACUCCGGUGUUUACACCUGUAUUGCCACUAACGAGGCCGGAGUAGCUACCAGUGAAAUCCCUCUGGAAGUCACAGAAAUUGACCGUAACAAGCGUCUGUCAGAGUCUCCACUGGUCCUUAGAAACAAAGAUGAGUCCAAGGCUCCAGAAUUCACCGAGAUCUUCGAGGAAUGUACCGUGAUGGAAGAGAGACCUUUGACCUUGAUUGCCAAGGUCACUGGACUACCUCGCCCAGAGGUUGCCUGGUUCAACAACGGCAAAGUACUGACCAACACACCAGCGGUCAAGAUGUCCUAUGAUGACGAAACAACCACCCUCUUGAUCAAGAAAACAACUGUUGAUCAUGAGGGCGAAUUCAAAUGUGUCGCCACAAACUCGGCGGGCACAGUGGAACACAUCGCUAAGGUCAACGUGGAAGGCAAGUCUAUGCCCCCAGAGUUUACCCGUAAGGUGAAUUCUAGGGACAUUAAGGCCAGUCGUCCCGUCCGAUUUGAAUGUGCAGUCAAAGGUAUCCCACAACCAGAAGUCGCAUGGUUUAUCAAUGACAAACCUAUCGAGACCGGAAUUCGGUUCCACAUGGACGAACGUAAGGGUUACGUUGAUGUCACCCACAUUCUCACUAUUGACAAUACGGUCCUUGAAGACGAAGGUCAAAUCAAGGCCGUCGCCUCCAACAAAGCAGGAGAGAUCUCCUGUGAGGGUAGACUAACCGUCGAAGAGAAGAAAGAGGGACCCAAACUGAUAAAGAAGCUGGAGAAUUUGGAGGUCGUUGAGAAGAGCACUGUUGUAUUGGAAUGCGUCAUCUCCGGCAAACCCAAGCCAGAUGCUGUCUGGAUGAAGAAUAAGACAGAAUUAGUUGAGAGCGAAGACAUCAAGCUGGAGGUUGUUGACCAGACGUAUCGUCUAACGAUCCCGUCCACGAAAGUUUCAGACUCAGACCUCUACACAAUACGUGCCAGCAACCAAGCUGGACAGGUUUCCUGUAGCUGUCGCCUCAAAGUCAUGCCUGGUAGAAAACCAUCAUUUGCCAGGAAAAUGUCAGACACCCUUGUACCAGAAGACGGCGCUGUGAGCUUCGAUUGUAAAGUGGAAGGCCUUCCUCUUCCCGAUGUCAAAUGGUUCAUCAAUGACCAAGAGAUAGAGGCGGGUGAGGGCGUCCACUUCGUGUUCAACAAGCGUGACCGUACACACUCACUGGUGAUAGACAAAGCAUUACCUGAGCUCCAAGGUCUCAUCAAGGCCGUCGCGGUCAACUCUGGUGGCGAGGAGCUAUGUACUGCCGAACUCACCGUUCGCGGCCGCGCACCUUCCUUCAAAGAAAUUCCACUGAAAUGUACCAUACUUGAAGGUGCCAUGGCGAUGUUCCGCUGCAUCCCCGAUGGAGAGCCCAAACCCACCAUCGCGUGGUCCAAGGGUAAAUGGCAGAAGAUUAAAGACGAUAAGAAAUACCAUGUGUUUUAUGAUGAGGAGACUAACGAACAGGUCCUCGAGAUUAGAUCGGUACAGAAGAAGGAUGCCGGUACCUACCUCAUCACGAUCACCAACGAACACGGAACGUGUGAUGCACCUGCCACUCUGAUGGUUACCAAUGACGAGGGAGAAGUCAAUGAUUGGCUGGAGCAACUCAAACACAGGGAAUUUACCCGUAACCAAGGUGAUGAAGCUGUUGAAUGGAUGCCUCAGCUCCGCCAUGUUGAACAUGAGGGAGACCAGCCAGAUGCCAAGAAGUUUGUACCAGGAACUAAAGAGUUGGACGAAGCUACUGCUCAUGAAAUUUACCGUCGCAGCUCCCGACCCGAGUUGACUGAUGCUCAAUGGGAUCAUGAGAUGAGCCAGAGGUCAAAGGUUGCUCUUGAGGCGUCUGCCCCAGAGAAAGGUGCCGAGGUAACAGCACCACCGAGAAAGCCCAUCAAGGACAAGUACAGCCGUCUCAUCAAACCCCAGAAGAUCGAAGAGGCACCACCAGUCAAACUCGUCAUACCAAAGGCUCAGUGGAAGGUCCUCCAACCUUUGCAUGACCUUGAGGUAAUGGAGAUGGAUGAGGCUCGAUUUGAGUGCGAGUUCAGCGUACCAAACGUUAUGGUAACCUGGAAGGUCAAUGGGGAGCGUAUUGAGGCCACUCCUAAGUACAUGAUCGAGAUUGAAAAGACAAAACACACUCUGAUUGUGACCAAGUGUAAACCCAAAGAUUCCUGCAAUGUCAGCUGCUCCUACGCUAAACUCAACACUGAGGCAAAUCUCGUUGUUAAUGAGAUGCCGAUUCAGUUUUUGAUACCACUUGAGGACACAUCUGCUGUUGAGCACACUAACGCAACUUUCACAGUGAAAAUCAACGUAGAGGAGGUUGACAUCGUCUGGCUGGUCGACAACGAGCCAAUCCCUGAUGAUCAGAAGUUCAAGGUCGCUCGCAAAAACAGUCAGGUCAUGCUUACCGUCUUUGACCUAAACACAGACGACACCUGUAAGAUCAGUGCCAAAGCCCGCGACGUUUCUACGGAAUGUACACUGACCGUCACAGAAAUUCCACCACAAUUCAUUGUACCCCUGAAGGACAUGGAAGAAUUUGAACACGAAUCCGUGACCUUCGUGUGUGAGGUCCAACGCGACGUCGACAAGGUCCAAUGGUUCAUUGACGACAGAGAACUCGUAGAGAGUGACAUCAUCAAAUUCGUUUCUCAAGACUUUGUCCACAAACUUUACUUAAAAGACCUUGACCUUGCUGAUAAUGGUGUGGUCACCUUCAAGACCAAGGGCCAAUCAUGCUCUGCCAAACUCAAGGUCAAAGAAACUCCAGUAGUGUUCAGCAUACCUCUCUCAGAUAUCACCGCUAUGGAGCACUCAACUGUGGAGUUCAUCAGUGAAAUCAACCGUGACGUUGAGAAGGUCACUUGGUUUUUGGAUGAGGAGGAACUCAAGGAGGAUGCCAAGGUCAAAAUGGUGUCCGAAGGUCAUGUACAUAAAUUGAUUAUUGAGGACAUCCAUGUGGAAGAUGAAGGACAAGUGACUCUCCAGGCCAAGGAUAAGAAGUCCACUGCCUCCCUCUUUGUACAAGAACUCCCACCACAGUUCACCUCUCCACCCAGUGAUGCUACAAUCAUGGAGGGCGAGACCGCAGAAUUUGUCUGCAAGGUCAGCAAAGAGGGCACCACCGUGAAGUGGUUCCUUGACAACAAAGAAAUCGUUGAAGAUGAACGUUUCAUCAUCACAAAAGACAAGGGAACACACACACUCACCAUCAAGGAUGCUAUCCUGCCCGACGGUGGGGUCAUCAACGCCAAGGUCGAGGAUACAAGUGCCACGGCUACGCUAACAAUCAAAGAAUCUCCUGUUGAGAUUGUCCUAGCACUCGAGGAACAGCAUGUCGAGGAGCACCAGGCGUGCUACUUCACUUGUAACGUAAACAAGGAAGACGUAGAUGUCACAUGGUGCAAAAACGACGAAGUUAUCUCCCCUAGCGAUAAACAUAUCCUCAAGGAUGAUGGAACUAGCCACACACUCGUCAUCAUGGAUGCUGAUGAAUCAGACAUCGCAGAUUAUACUGUCACUGUCGGUGACAGAAAAAGCUCCGCAAAACUCUGCCUCGAUGAACUCCCCAUCAAGUUCAUGGUGCCACUGGAGGAACAGACCUGUAUGGAGGGCGAGAGUGUGACCUUCCUGUGUGAGGUCAGUAAAGAGGAUGCACCAGCCAAGUGGUACUGUGACGGGGAGGAGCUUGUACCCUCUGACCGCAUAGAGAUGACCGCCAAGGGCAAAGUUCACGAACUGACCAUCAAGGAUGCGGUCCUGGAUGAUCGCGCAGAGUACACAAUUAAGCUGGAAGAUAAAUCUAGCACUGCCCCAUUGUUUGUAGAAGAAGUCCCACUAAGGAUCACAGUCCCUCUCAAAGACCGGUACGACUGCUCCGAGGGAGAGCCCAUUACUAUGGAAUGUACGGUCAACAAGACUGGACUUCCUGCAAUGUGGCUCAAGGAUGGUGAACAGAUUACGGUUGCCGAUGGUUACGAAAUCACCGUGGACGGAAACCGACACAUCCUCACGAUCCCGGUAGCUUACCUGGAUCAUGAGGCCGACUAUAGCGUGAUGAUCGGCAGUCAAGUUUCAUCUUCUGUACUGUAUGUGGAAGAGGUUGCGGCUGCGUUCACACACAGAUUGACCGACUUAACCGGUAUGGAAGGAGAAGAUGUGGAACUCUCGGUCGAACUCAGCAAGCCAGACGUCAACGUGAGCUGGAUGAAGAACAAGAAACCAUUGACCGCCAGUGACCGCAUUAAGAUCCUGUGUAACCGUUACCGCCACGUCUUACAGAUUCAGGAAGUCAUUCCAGAGGACGAGGGCGAAUACACCAUACAACUCAACGACAAAUCGGAAUCGUCAGCAAUACUCACUAUCAAAGAACUUCCGCCAGCAUUCAAGCGCCCACUUGAGGACGUGAAAGCGACGGAGAAGGAUAACGUGAAACUCGAGUGUGAAGUCAACAAGGAGGAAAUCCCUGUCAAGUGGUUCAAGGACGGAAAAGAAAUUACGCCCACGAAACGCAUGGAAAUUAUUUCAAAUGGCUGUGUACAGCAGCUGGUCAUAGAUGACGUCACCCUUGACGACAUGGGCAAAUACACCUGUAUGUGUGGAGAUGCCUCAACCGAGGCUGUCCUCUCUGUCGAAGAACUACCACUAGAGUUCCGUAAACUUCUGGAGGACCAGACAUCGUUGGAGAAACUGACCGUGACCUUGGAGUGUGAACUUUCCAAACCUGACAUCCCAGUCAAGUGGCUCAAAGACGGAGAAGAGAUUUCUCCAACGGACAAUAUCACAAUUGUAACAGAUGGUUACCUACAACAACUCCUCUUUGCCGAGGUAUCACUGGCAGACAGCGCCAUCUACACCUGUGUGUGUGGUGACGUAUCUACCAAGGCCACCCUCAAGAUCGAAGAAGAGGCCCCAAAAUUCACCAAGCCUCUGGAAGACCAGAGCGUGACAGAGGAGGCGACACUCGUCCUGGAGUGUGCACUGAGUAAACCCAACUACAAGGUUCAGUGGUUUAAGGAUGGAGAACAAAUCAAGCCUAGCGACCGUGUCAGCAUCACCACGGAUGGCUGCACACAGCGCCUGGAGAUCCUCGACGUCACGCUUGAUGACAAGGCCAAGUACUCAUGUGUCUGUGGCGACGUUUCAACCGAAGCUACCGUCACAAUUGAAGAAAUCGUACUGGCAUUCCGCAAACCUCUUGAAGAGCUUGAGGUUCUUGAAGGAACCACCGUGAAACUGGAAUGUGAGCUGAAUAAGAAAAAUAUGCCCUCUAAGUGGUGUAAAGAUGAUGUGGAGAUUGUGCCAAACGACCAGUUCUCUAUCUCCGUCGACCAGUACCAACAUUCUCUCACGAUUACCGACAUCACUCUCGACGACGAGGCCGACUACAAGUGUAAAGUCAAAGACGUAUCCACUUCAGCAACUGUCUUUGUAGAAGAACUUCCUGUGGAGUUCCUCAUCCCUCUGGCAGACAUCACUGUCAUGGAGAACGAUGCCAUCUGUCUCAACUGUGAAGUCAACAAACCAGAUUACCCAGCCACGUGGCUGAAGGAUGGCAAGGAAAUCAAACCACGGGAAGGACUCAAGUUGAUCCAUGACAAUGCAUGCCAUCGUAUCAUUAUUGAGGCGGCUGAACUUGACGAUGAGGCUGAAUACAGUGUUGUCAUCAAUGAAGCCAAGUCACGUGCCAUUGUCUUGGUCGAAGAGGCCCCUGUCGAGUACCUGAAGCCCCUGAAGGAUACCCAAGUAACCGAGGGCGACAGCGUAACAAUGGAGUGUGAGGUCAGUAAGUCGGAUGAGGUUGCGAAAUGGUACCUGGACGGCGAGGAGAUUAAGGGUUCCGACCGCAUAGAGCUGGUCGUCUAUAGCAAAACCCACCAACUCAUCAUUCACGAAGCCAAGAUCAGCGACGAAGGUUCAGUCUCCAUCAAAAUCGGCGACAAGAAAUCCACAGCCAAUCUGCUUGUUGAUGAACUACCGGCUGAGCUGGUCCAGGAACUGCAUGACUUGAAGGUGCCUGAGAGAGGUACGGCUGUGUUUGAGUGUGAAGUGUCGCGUCCCAAGGUCAAGGGCAAAUGGUACAAAGAUGACGAACCAAUCACAAUCAGUGAUGGUUACGACAUUCGGGUGGACGGCACCUGCCAUCUUCUGUACCUCCAGCGUGUCUCGGGCGAAGACGUGGGCACAUACAAAUUUGCAUUUGAUGACACAGAAACUAGUGCAGUGUUAUCGGUGAAAGAAAUACCACUCAAGAUUGUCAAGCCUCUGACUGACACAGAAAUCUUUGAAAAGGAGGAAAUGACCUUCACCUGUGAGUUGAACAAGGUCAAUGUCAAGGCAACUUGGUACAAGGAUGGAGUAGAAAUAGUUCCAUCUGACCAUAUACAUGUGACUGUGAAAGAAAUGGUUCACACAUUGAAGAUCACCGAUGCCAAAUUAGACGACAGUGCCAUCUACCUUUGCCAGUUUGCAGACAAGAAGUCUACAGCUACACUUACCGUCAAAGAAGAGCCCCUGCAGUUUAUCAAGCCUCUGGGUGAUGUUGAGGUUAUGGAGGGUAAGACCGCUGUACUGGAGUGUAUCGUGUCUCGACCCAAUGUUAAGUCCAGCUGGAUUUGUGAGGGCAAAACAUUGACCAAGAGUGACCGAAUCAAGAUGACCAGUCAUGACAACAUCCACACACUGACCAUCACAGCUGCUGAACUGGACGAUGAGGCAGAAUAUACGAUUAAUGUCAUGGAUACUCUUUCUACUGGGGCUAUCUUUGUAGAAGAAGAGGCAGUCGACUAUGUCCGUAAGUUGGAGAACCUGGAAGUGCACACCAUCCCAUCUUCUGCGACCUUUGAGGCAGAGGUCACCAAGGCUGAUCUUGUCAGCAAAUGGUUCCGUGACGGUAAACCUCUCGCUGAAUCAGACAAAUACAAGAUGGAGGUCGUAGGCACUGUGCACCGACUGACCAUCAAUGAUAUUGAUGGCGAGGAUGAGGCGGACUACAAGGUGGUCGUCAGGGGCAAGAAAUCGGAGGCAGAACUCAUUGUUGAAGUGCCUCCUGAGCUGUUCCUUGACAAGGCCUAUGAGGAGGAAGUUAUUCUUAAGGCUGGUCAGUCCACUGCAUUUGAGAUACCCUUCAAGGCCAAUCCACAGCCAUCGGUCACCUGGUCAUUCAAUGACCAGUCCAUGCCCGAGGACAAGAGGAUCGAGGUCCAGUCCAUCUACAACAUGACCACACUUCGUUUGGCAAAGGCCAAGCGUACCGACACCGGCAACUACACACUGACAUUACAGAACCAGUCUGGCAAAGCUGCUGUCACCAUCAAACUCAAAGUACUAGAUAAACCAAGCAUUCCAAGGAACUUUGCACCAAAGGAUGUGACUUCAGAGUCUGUGUCGUUGGUGUGGGAAACCCCAGAGGAUGAUGGAGGAAGUCCAAUUACUGAAUACAUCAUCGAGAAACGUGAGGCUAACCGCCGCUCAUGGACAGAGAUUGGUACGACCACCGAGACGCAGUUUGUCUCCACUAAACUGCUCGAAGGCAAUCAGUACAUGUUCAGGGUAUUUGCCAAGAAUGACAUUGGAUUGAGUGAACCAGCAGAACUUACCGACGCAGUGACGGCCAAGAACCAAUUCACUGUACCAGAUGCACCGAAUGCUCCGGUACCAUCCGACGUGUUAAAGAAGUCUGCUAUGGUAUCAUGGCAACCACCAGCCAACGAUGGUGGCUCACCUGUGAUUGGUUACUUCCUGGAGCGUAUGUCCGGAUUUAGUCCCCGCUGGGUACGUGCCGUACACAACAUGAUUCCCGACACAGGGUGCAGUCUGACGGACCUGGUGGAGGAUAACACAUACCAGUUUCGCGUGAUAGCGGUGAACAAAGCUGGCGAAAGCGAGCCUAGUCCACCGUCUGAUACGAUCACAGCCAAGAAUCCCUUCGACAAGCCAGGACCACCAAGUACCCCCGAAAUCAUGGGCACCGACAGCUCAUCUGUGGCGCUCAAAUGGACACCACCCGAGGAUGAUGGCGGAUCUCCCAUCUUCAACUAUGUCAUUGAAUACAGACUUGUAGGUGCCUUCCGCUGGACCACAGCCAAUGAAACUGCAGUCCCUGAAACUACAUUCAGUGUAACCGGCCUUAAGGAAGGAUCAAACUGCGAGUUCAGGGUCAGCGCAGAAAACAAAGCCGGAGUUGGUCCACCAUCACCACCCACCAAGCCCGUCAAAGUACAGGCUCCGAUCGUGGGUGUAGCACCUAAGCUCCUUGAGCCACUCCAGGACACUGUUGUUAUUGCACCGAAAGAUGCAAUCUUGGAAUGUGACCUUGACCUUGGGGAGCCAGAAUCCGAUAUUAAAUGGUUCAAGGGUACAGUACUGGUGGAGAAGAGCCCGAAGUACGAGAUGAGUUACGAGGAUGACAUUGCGGCCCUGGUGAUUCAUGACACGACUCCUGAGGAUGCCGAUGUCUACAGCUGCCAGGCCGCGAAUGUGAUUGGACAGGUCCAGACAACAGGAACGUUAUCUGUGCACACUCAUCCAAUACUUGAGUAUGACAACAAGUUGAAGAGCAAACAGGUAUUGAAGGCGGGGUCAACGUUGACUGUAGAGGUCAACAUCAGUGGUAUCCCGUCACCCAAGGUUGUGUGGCAGAAGGACGGCCAGCCCGUAGAGAAGACACCACGCCUCAGCAUCGACAUCACAGAGGAAUUCUCCACUCUCAAAAUCAAAAACGCCACCCAGGACGAUACCGGCGUCUAUAAGAUUGUUGCAGAAAACGUUGUUGGAAAGGCAGAGGCCAGCUUCGAUAUCAAUGUCAGAGACAAACCAUCGAAACCAAACAACCUCCAUGUUGUGGAGGUGAUGAAGGAUACCGUCGUCAUUGAAUGGGAGAAACCAACCAGUGACGGAGGUGCCGAAAUCACCGCCUACAUCGUAGAGAAACGUGACGCUAAACGUAACAUCUGGGCAACUUGCCAGAAUGUCAGUGGUAGUACAACGACGUUCGCUGUGGAGAAACUCCUCGAGGGCAAUGAGUACUUCUUCCAAGUCUCUGCUCGGAAUGAGGUUGGAAACAGCGAACCAGCUACAAUGGAUGAGGGGACUAUUGCCAAAAAUCCAUACGAUGUUCCCGACUCGCCUAUAAACUUGAAGGCAACUGACACCACUCCCGAAACUGUGUCCUUGACCUGGGACGUUCCAUUGAAAGAUGGCGGUUCCCCGGUUACUGGGUACAUGGUGGAAAAACGUCACAUGGACUCUACACGCUGGUCUAAAUGUAACAAGAAAGCCGAGCCAGACACUGUCUUCACCGCCACCGACCUCAUUGAGGACAGCGACUAUGAAUUCCGUGUGUUCGCCGAAAACGUUGUAGGCCUCAGUAAACCAUGUAAACCAAUUGGGCCAAUCAAAGCCAAGCUUCCAUAUGACAAACCUGAGGCACCCGGUAAACCUGAGGUCCUUGAGGUCACAAAGAAUACUGCAUCAUUGAAGUGGACCCCACCUCCCAAAGAUGGUGGUGAUGCCAUCUUUAACUACAUUGUUGAGUGUCGCCCGGAGACUUCCAUCAAGUGGAUGCUGGCCAGCCAGAACAUCCGCGUGGACGAUACUAAGUUUGUGGCAACAGACCUUAUCGAGGGUAUUGAGUAUGAAUUCCGUGUCUACGCUGAGAACAGAGCCGGUGUCGGACCUGCCUCUCGUCCGUCAGACAGAGUCCUUAUCAAGGAACCAAUCGUUGGAGAGGCACCGUCUGUACUGGAGGGACUUCCCGAUCUUACCUAUCUGGUAGGAGAGACUGCCACACUGGAAUGCAAAAUCUCAGGAAAGCCAGAGCCUACCCUUAAAUGGUCUAAGGACAAGCGUGAACUGGCCGAGAGUAAGAAGUUAGAGAUGUCCUAUGUCGACCUCUCCGCCUCUCUGACUAUUCGUCAGGUGACCGAGAAAGACAUGGGCAGCUACAGCUGUGAGGCAUCUAACGACCUUGGAUCUGUGUCCACUACUGGUCAAGUGGAGAUUCAGGCUCCACCAACCAUUGAAUAUGACAACAAAUACCGUGACCUUUUGACUUUACAUGCGGGUUCGUCUUUGAAGAUACCAGUGACAAUUACGGGUCUUCCCAAACCCACAGUAACCUGGGGUAAGGACGAUGCUGCCCUUAAGACAUCUAUGAGGGUCAACUUUGACAAGACAGAUAAGGGCUCAACCCUGGUUAUCAAGAAAGUGACUCGUGAGGAUGACGGCCUCUACUACAUCAAGGCUGAAAAUGAGGCUGGUGAAGAGAAGGCUAGCUUCGACGUUGAAAUCAUGGAUGUGCCAAGUCCACCAGAGGGCCCAGUGCAGGUCACCGAUUUGGACGUAGACAGAGCUACACUGACCUGGCAGAAGCCCAAGGACAACGGUGGAGCAGAUAUCAAGUCGUACACUGUGGAACGCAGAGAAGCUGGCAGAUCCACGUGGACACGUCAGGAAAUUCCAAAUGCACCUGUCCUCACAAUCACCCCAACAGAUCUCCAGGUCGGCAAGGAAUACCUGUUCCGAUUCUUCGCCGAAAACGAAGUCGGCAUGUCCAGUCCUUUUGAGAUGGACGAACCGGUUAUUCCAAAGAGUCCGUUCGACAAACCAUCAAUUCCGGUCGGACCUCUAGAAAUCUCCGACAUCACUGACAACGGUUGUACAUUGACAUGGAAACCUCCGGUAUCCAACGGUGGAACUCCGCUCACUGGCUAUGUCGUGGAGAAAUAUGACACUCGUCGUAUGACAUGGAGUAACGUGAAGACGGUCGCUCCAGAUAUCACCUCAUGUCCAGUUCCAAAUCUGCUGGAGGGACAGCCCUACUUGUUCCGUGUGUCAGCGGUCAAUAGUGUUGGUCGCAGCCAGCCUCUCUCAACUGACCAUGAAUUCAAACCAGCAAAACCAGCCACUCCGCCAGGAAAACCUACCAGUUUCCGUGUCAACAAUAUCCAAGGUGACAAUGUUACUCUUUACUGGAGCCAACCCAAACGUGACGGCGGAUCUCCAAUUACCGGCUAUAAUAUCUUGAUUUCCAAGGACGAUGGCAAGACAUGGUCACCAGUGGAAACCGUCCCAGAAUCAGUGGAGCGUUACGUCGUAAAUAAUCUGAAGGAAGACGCGCCUGUCCAGUUCCAUGUCUCUGCAGUUAACGCUGUCGGAGAAGGAGAAUGGGUCGAGUCUGACACUGUCACACCAAAGAGGCCAAUUGGUCUACCUUCCAAACCUUUGGAGGUAGAGGUAGGAGAAAUUCUCACAGACUCUGUGGCACUCAGCUGGCAGCCACCGGAGAAUGAUGGUGGCACACCACUCACCGGCUACCUGAUUGAGAAACGUGACGCAUCCCGCACAGUGUGGACAACUGUUGACCGUGUCGACAAGAAUGCGCUCAAUGUUCUGGUCACAAAGUUAAACGAAGGAACUAGCUACUUCCUGCGCGUUCGAGCUGAGAACAAAGCAGGACUUGGUGAACCAGCAGGUCCCGCCAAACCUGUCAUACCAAAGAAUCCAUAUGACAAACCAAGUAUUCCAAUGGGUCCACUGACUGUGUCCAAUGUCACCGAUUGCUCGGCUGACCUCGAGUGGAAGCCCCCGACAAAUGAUGGUGGUACUCCGCUCACAGCAUACAUCAUCGAGUCUCGUCCAACCAGUCGCAUGGCCUGGACCAGAGCUGGAGAAGUAGAUGGCGUCACCACCAAAUUCACGGCUCCCGACCUCACGCCUGGCACGGAGUACGUGUUUAGGGUCACAGCUGUCAACAAGGAAGGUCAAAGUCCCUGGCUGCUGGCAAUAGACACCGCUCUGCCAAAACGUAAAAUCAACCCACCUGGACCUCCAAGGUCACUGAGGGAUACGAAGGUUGGCGAGGACUACGCCAUCCUCCAAUGGCAGCCUCCCCUUGACAACGGAGGCGGGCCUAUCACUGGCUACAUCCUCAAGAUGAGGGAGGGCCCUCAUGGAAAAUGGAUCAAGGUUGAGUCAUUGUCUAACAUUGAAGAUGACACCAAGGUACCGCGCCUGUCUGAGGAUACAGAGUACUACUUUUCUAUCGUUGCUGAAAACGAGGCUGGUGUUGGGGAAGCCUGCGAAACCGACAAACCAGUUGUACCCAAACGUCCUCCAGGACCACCUGGAAAACCUAUGGGACCAUUGACGGUGACUGAUGUCGAAAAGUCAACAGCCAUCCUCCACUGGAAACCACCGAAGAAUGACGGAAGAUCACCUCUCACCGGUUACAUCGUGGAGAAACGCGAGGGCCUCAGAUCUUGGACGAAGGUCGACACAGUCUCACCUGAUGUCCUUGACUUGAAGGUCAAUGACCUGAAGGAGGGCACAGAGUAUCUGUUCCGAGUGACAGCCGAGAACAAGAUCGGUUCCGGAGAUGAACUAGAGGCUGAUGCCGCCACAGUGCCCAAGUCUCUGUUCGACAAACCAGGUAAACCUGUGGGACCAAUGGAGUUCUCGACCAUCUUAGCUGACUCCAUUACAAUGGAAUGGCAACCCCCUCUGUCUAACGGAGGCCUGCCAAUCACCAGCUAUGUCAUUGAGGUGCGCGAUUCACGUCGCUCCACAUGGAAUAAGGCCGGCACCGUCACUGCGGAUAAGACAAUCUUCACUGCCACUGGCCUCAUGGAGGAUAAUGAAUACUACUUCAGAGUCUCGGCUGUCAAUGACGAAGGUCAAGGACCAGCCCUCGACUCUCCCGACAAGGUCAUGGCCAGGGAACCAAUCCAACCACCAUCGGUCCCGCUUAACCUGAAAACGUGUGACAUCACUGAGGACAAGGUGACCUUGACUUGGGAAGAGCCCAAAGACAACGGUGGCUCCAAGAUCACCGGCUUCAAGGUUGCAUUGAACGAAGAUGGCUCUGACAUGUGGAAGAGCAUCACAUCUCUCAACCCAUACGAUCGCGAAUACACUGUGAAAAAUCUGACAACCGGCCAGCGGUACUAUUUCUCCGUUGCCGCGGAGAACAAGGCAGGCGUUGGCGAGGCUGCUGAGACGGAUAAGGCAGUCUGUCCACAGAAAAAACCAGCCGUAGAAAAGCUUGAGAGACCAUCUCCACCUGCUGGACCAGUGAAAUUCUCCAACAUAAACAAGACAACAGUGACGUUGUCAUGGCAACCAAGCAGACACGACGGUGGCUCCCCCUUGACUGCGUAUCAUGUGGAAAUGCGUGACACCCAGACAAGUCGCUGGACACCCGUUACCACCGUUACUCCAGAUAUCCUCACGUACUGCGCACAGAACUUGAAGGAACAACAGGAAUAUGUGUUCCGUAUCUUUGCUGAGAAUGAUGUCGGAAAAUCAGAUGCUCUCACAUCAGAUAUUGUGGAGCCUAAGAGUCCAUUUGACAAACCUGGCAAACCAGUCGGACCAUUGGACUACACCAACCUGACCCAUGACUCUGUGACAAUGUCUUGGAAACCACCAUUGAGUGACGGAGGAACUCCAAUCACGGGCUACAUCAUCGAAUCACGCGAUGCCAGGAAAACCACCUGGUCCAAACUCGCUACCAUUGAUGCAGACAAACUUACCUACAAGGCCGAAGGACUAUCGUUAGACCAGGAAUAUCUGUUCCGCGUGUCUGCGGUCAAUGCUGAAGGUCAAGGUCCCACUCUCGACUCGCUCGACAGGGUGAAACCACAGAAACCACUGGAGAAACCAGGACCACCGCAAAACGUCAAAACUCUGACUGUAAACGAAGAAAAGGUGACCAUCACAUGGAAACAGCCCAAGUUUGAUGGCGGGUCAAGGCUCACCGGAUAUCGCGUCAAGCUCCGUGAAAAUGGAGGUCAAUGGAGAGAAGUGGACAAUGUCGGACCAUAUGAUACAGAUGCUGUCAUCCGUAACCUUGACACAGAGGUUGAAUACAUGUUUGCUGUGGCUGCAGAGAAUAAGGUCGGCGUCGGAGAGGCAACGGAGACGGACUCCCCAACUGUUCUUCACAAGAAGACUGAGAGACCAUCUCCACCAGUUGGACCAAUCAAAUUCUCCGACAUUGACAAAACAACGGUGACGUUGUCAUGGCAACACAGUAAGAGUGAUGGUGGCUCCCCCUUGACUGGCUACAUCGUGGAGAUGAAGGAAGUCACUCAGUUCCGCUGGACUGAAGUUGACAAAGUCCGGCCAACCGUAACCAGUUACUGUGCCCAGAACCUUAAAGAGAAGAAAGACAUCGUCUUCAGAGUCAUUGCCGAAAACGCUGUUGGAAAAUCAGAACCUACUCAGUCUGACACUGUCACACCCAAGAGUCAAUAUGAUCUACCUGGACGUCCAGUUGGACCAAUGGUGUUCUCUGAUAUUACAAAGGACUCUGUCUCAAUGUCGUGGAAACCACCAACUGACGACGGCGGCACGCCAAUCAACGGAUACGUCAUAGAGGUCAAGGAAAACAGGGCCGCAUGGAGGCCAGCUGGAAAGGUCACAGGUCAGAAAUUGACCUUCACCAUGGACAACGUUGUCGAGGGAACCAGUUACUUCUUCAGAGUAUCGGCUGUCAACAUGGAAGGUCAAGGUCCUGCCCUUGAGUCGACCGACAGUGCCACGCCGAUGAGGCCACUUAGCAAGCCAAAGGCACCUAUCAACCUGAAAACAUUCGACCUUGAAACUGACCGCGUGACCUUGAGCUGGAAACCGCCCACAGAGGAUGGUGGGUCAAAGGUCACUGGUUACCGUAUCAGCAUGAGUGAGGACAGUGUUGACCGCUGGGUAGAGAUCGGCACAACAACCGCUUACACCACUGAAUUCACCGCCAAGAAACUCAACAUCGGCAGUAAAUACUACUUCGCUGUUGCCGCUGAGAACAAGAUCGGCGUUGGAGAGCCAGCGGAGACUGACAAGGCCAUUGUCCCGAGGGCCAAACCCGAGAGACCAUCAUCACCUGUUGGACCAAUCAUAUUCAGUAACAUUAAGAAGAAGGAGGUUACCCUCUCCUGGUUGCCUAGCAACAGUGAUGGAGGGUCACCAAUCACAAACUACAUCGUGGAGAUGCGUGAAGCCAGCAUGUUCCGCUGGGCAGAAGUUGGCAAAACGGACGCUGACAUCUUCACAUACUGCGUACAAAAUCUGCAAGAACAGAAGGAGUACAUAUUCCGAGUUAUAGCUGAAAAUGCUGUCGGCAAAUCUGAACCACUCGAGUCGGAUAGAGUCACACCAAAGAGUCAAUUCACUGUUCCUGACGCACCCGAAGGACCAAUGAAAUACUCUGACAUCAUAGCGACGUCAGUAACCAUCACCUGGCGCCCCCCGCUGUCUGACGGCGGAAGACCCCUGUCUGGAUAUAUCGUGGAACAGCGCGAAACUAAACGUAUGACCUGGACCAAGGUCGGACGCACCGAGCCAAGCAUUCUUACAUACUGUGUACAGAACUUGACCGAGAACAAGGAAUAUCUAUUCCGUGUUUCUGCUGAGAAUGAAGAAGGAGUUGGUCCAGCCUUGGAGAGUCAUGAGCCAGCCAUACCCAAACGUCCCGCAGACGUACCAAGUGCCCCCAAAGGGCCCUUGGAAGUCCGUGAUGUGGACGUAUCAUCUGCGUACCUCACAUGGCGCCCAGUUGAUAAAGAUGGCGGCUCGCCUAUCCUUGAAUACAUCGUGGAGGCUAGCACUGACGGUGAGGAAUGGACCAAGCUUGGCAAGACCGAUAAGUACACGACAAAUCUACGACCACAGGGUCUCCUGACCGGCAAGAAAUAUUUCUUCCGUGUGUUCGCUGUCAACAGCGUGGGGCCUGGAGCUCCAUUGGAAUCUGAUGCCACAACUAUUGAAACACCAGCGAGUGUGCCAGGUAAACCUCGCGCUAUGCAAGUGACCAAUCCUGACAGGACAUCUUUGGCUAUCUCUUGGAACCCACCGAUUAGUGAUGGCGGAGCGCCAAUCACAGGAUACAUCGUUGAGAAACGUGACGCUCGUCGCAGCACCUGGACACAGGUUGCCCAGGUUCCCGCAGACGAACUCUCCUGUGUUGCUGACAAACUUAUUGAAGGCACAGAGUACGGAUUCCGCAUCACUGCGGUCAACAAAGUCGGCAAGGGCCCAGCUUUAGAAUCUGACCAGACCUACAUGGCUAAGAGCCCAUAUAACAAACCAGAAUCUCCUCUUGGACCUCUCAAUGUUACAAACGUCACUGACAACUCAUGUGACUUGUCAUGGAAACCACCGAGAGAGGACGGAGGUUCACCAAUCACAGAGUACAUUGUGGAGAUGCGCGACAUACGUCGCAGUGCAUGGACCAAGGUCGGCACAACUAAACCUCCGACAACAGACUUCACAGCAACUGGACUUACGCCUGGCAAUGAGUACCUCUUCAGGGUUACCGCUGUCAACGCUGAAGGUCAAAGUGCACCUCUCACGGCCAUACAGCCAAUCAAACCAAAGAAGAAGAUCUCACCUCCCGGGCCUCCAUUGUUUGUUCGCCUGUCUAAGUCAGGCGACACAUUCGCGACCAUCACCUGGGGCGCACCAUCCUCAGAUGGAGGUUCAAAGGUCACUCAUUAUCAUGUGAUGAAGGCCGAAGGAUCCCCAUCUGAUUGGACAAAGGUAGCCAAGGUUGACGCCUAUGAGAAUACCAACACCAUCAGUGGACUACGGGACAGUACAGAAUACUACUUCGCUGUCGCUGCUGAGAAUGAGGCUGGUGUCGGUGACGUCAGCAAGGCCGACAAAUCGGUUAAAGGAGCCAAGCCUAAAGAGAGACCGGCGCCACCUGGUGCUCCAUUGGAGGCAACAGACAUUCGUAAAAACCAAGCCACCUUGACUUGGAACACCUCCCCUGACGAUGGAGGCUCUCCAAUUACUCGCUACAUCGUGGAAAAGCGGGAGAGCUGGAAAUCCACAUGGUCUCCAUGUGGAAAGGUCGGACCCCGGGAACACGUACUUGUCGUGGAACAUCUGAAAGAAAACCAGGAAUACAUGUUCCAGGUCUGCGCAGAAAAUGCCAUCGGACGCUCAGAUUGGCUGGAAACAUCAGCCAGUGUUGUACCAAAGAGUCAGUUUGCCAAGCCUUCCCCACCAAGAGAUCUGGUUGUAUCGGAAAUCACACAGACGUCAGUUGUGCUGAACUGGUCGCCGCCCAGGGAUCUGGGUGGUCUCACGCUCAGCGGGUAUAAGUUGGAGCGUCGGGACAAACGUCGCACAGUGUGGGUAUAUGUGGACGAGGUGCGCCCACACAUCUCCACCUACUGUGUACAGAAUCUCCUUGAGGGCAAUGAGUACCUCUUCCGUAUCUACGCCAUCAAUGACGAGGGGCUUAGUGAACCGCUGGAAUCGACUGAAGCAGUUAUUCCGUUUAAACCUGCAGGCUCACCAGCAGCCCCUGUAGGACCAAUCCGAUUCUCAGAUGAGAAAAUAGAUUCUGUGACCUUGAACUGGAAUCCACCUAAGGAUGACGGAGGAAGUCCGAUCACUUCUUAUCAAAUCCAGAUGUCAGAGGACGGUAUUACAUGGACAGAUGUGGACAUCUCAGACAAAUAUAGCAAGGAUUACCGCGUGAAAAACCUCAAGGAUGGUCAGCAGUAUAUGUUUAGAGUAAUGGCUGUAAACAAGGUCGGAGCCAGCAAGCCGCUCGACUCGGACUACUUCACGCCCCGCCAACCAUCUGGUCCACCAUCCAAACCUGAGGGCCCAAUGGCUGUGUACGACAUCUCAUUGAACUCUGCCACCAUCGAAUGGCGCCCACCCCUCAAUGACGGAGGAUCACCACUCAAGAAUUACGUCAUCGAGAUGAAGGAAAAGUCUCGUGUCAUGUGGAAGAGCAUUGACAAGACCAAUCCAAACAUCACGACAUACUGCGCCCAGAACCUUUCUCUUAACUCGGAGUAUCUGUUCCGCGUUUUCGCAGAAAACAAAUAUGGAGUCAGUGAACCUCUCACUCUGGAUGAACCAAUUCUUAUCAAGAGCCCAUACGGUCUGCCCUCUGCGCCUGAGGGUCCAAUGAAGAUCGGAAGUGUAAACGAAUCUUCAGCCGAAGUUUCUUGGCAACCACCAACCAGUGAUGGAGGCAAGCCUUUGACUGCCUACGUUGUGGAGUAUCGCGAUGUCAAGCGUACCUACUGGACAAAGUCUGCUGAGGUCAAACAGGACGUACGCCAUCACAUAGUCAGCGGCCUGCAGGUCGGAUACGAGUAUGCAUUCAGGGUUAGCGCAGUCAACUCUGUAGGUCAAGGCCCACCUUUGACCUCUACAGAAACUGCUAAGCCGUCAAAGAAACUCAAUGUUCCAUCCUGCCCCGAGAAUGUGAGAGUAACAGACACUGUAAAAUCAUCAGCCACGCUUGAGUGGAGUGCACCAGUCAGUGACGGAGGGUCACGCAUCACUCGUUACCACGUCUACCAGAAAACAGAAAAGUCCACUAGCUGGAGGAAGCUUACGUCUGUGGAUCGCUUCUCUACCAUCACAACCAUCAACAACCUGACGGUGGAGGAGACCUACUUCUUCGCUGUCGAGGCAGAAAAUGAUGUUGGAGUGAGUGAGAAGGCUGCCACAACUAAAGGAACAACCAUCGCCAAACCGAUUGGUCCACCUUCACCACCUGUCGGCCCGAUCGUAGUAAGUGAUGUUACAAAAUCAUCCGCCAAUAUCGCCUGGCAACCAAGUAAAUCUGACGGUGGCUCCCCCAUCACUGGAUACAUAGUGGAAAUGCGGGAAGGCUGGAGAAUGUCCUGGACGCGCGUGGCCGAGGUGGAGAGUGACAUGCUCACUCACACCCUCACCACCCUGCGCGAGGGAAAAGAAUACCACGUCCAGAUCACAGCUGUCAACAAGGCCGGUAACUCCAAACCACUCGAGGGUGACUCCUCCAUCAAACCAAAGAGCCAGUACAAACCACCGUCUGCUCCAAGAAAUCUGGAUGUGACUGACAUGAAAUCGUCAUCGGUCAAACUUUCUUGGCUCGAACCUAAUGACAACGGUGGACUGCCCAUCAAAAGCUAUCAGGUGGAACGCCGUGAGAAGAAAUACGGAUCAUGGGUCAAGGAGUGCUCGGAGAAAUCUACUUCCUGUAGCAUCCUAAAUCUCCAUAUGAAUGUUGAAUACUUCUUCCGUGUGUCUGCUUCAAAUGACGAAGGUCAAGGUCCUUUUGUGGAGACCACUCAGCCAAUUGUUCUCUCGCCAGAAGCCACUGUGCCGGACGAGCCUAAGGGUCCCCUCCGCCACAGUGACCUUGACGAGACGAGCGUGACCUUGUCAUGGCUGGCGCCGAAGAGUGAUGGUGGCGCCCAAGUCACAUCUUACAAGGUGGAGAGCUGGUCAAUGGACAAGUCCUGGUCAGAAGUGGACACCACAGAGGCCAGAAAAACAACUCUACAGGUCAAACGCCUCACCACAGGCAAGACGUACAAGUUCCGUGUCUGUGCUAUCAACCGUGUCGGAGCUGGCAAGUAUUUGGAGUCGGACCGCAUCACUCCAACCAAGGAACUCCGUGUUCCUGGACCCCCUACAGAGCCGAUUGUUGCUAAGGCAUUGUCACAUGACACCAUCAGCCUAGAAUGGCAUGAACCAGAAUACGACGGAGGAUCUCCGAUCACUAGCUAUGUCGUAGAGCGCCGCGACCUCAUGAGGUCAGUGUGGACGUUCGUCGACAGUACUGCCAACACAGACAUCUUAAUCAAGAAAUUGACCGAGGGGUCAGAGUUCUUCUUUAGGGUGUCCGCAGUAAACCAGGUUGGCCAGGGACUUCCCUUGGAAACUCCGAAACCUAUACUGGUCAAGAGUCCAUAUGACAAGCCUUCAGCACCAGUAGGUCCACUCAAAACAUCUAACAUCACCGCAAACUCGGUCGACCUCGCAUGGAGACCGUCAGAGAAAGAUGGCGGAACUCCGAUCACGCACUACACCAUUGAGGUGCGUGAGGUCCGUCGCUCCAUGUGGGGCAAGGCGGGACAAGUCGAGCCAGGGGUUAAUAAGUUCACCGUACCCAACUUGGUCGUCGAUAAUGAAUACUACUUCAGGAUUCGUGCCGUCAACGCGGAGGGCGAGAGUCCUCCACUCGAGGGGCCCAACGGUGUCAAACCAAAGAAGAUUCUGUCACCACCUGGUGUUCCAAACGUCAACAUCGGAAAAGCGGGAGAAGGUGAGAUAGGCGUCGACUGGACCCAGCCUGCCAGUGACGGUGGGUCACGUAUCAAACAGUACCGGGUGUACAUGAAGGAUGAAGACAGUAACACCUGGAGAGAACUGGCGACCGUUGAACCCUACAGAGGUCACUACAAUGCUACCAAGCUCAACCAUAAAGAGAAAUAUGUGUUCGGUGUGGCUGCAGAGAAUUCUGUCGGACUUGGAGAGAAGGGUGUUACCAAACCUACCUCACCAAAACAGGCCAUCACUGUCCCAUCUGCACCAGAAGGACCAUUGGAGAUUUCCAACAUCCAGAAGGGUUCCGCAAACAUUUCCUGGAACCACAGUCUGUUCGACGGAGGCUCUCCGAUCACACACUACGCUGUCGAGAGGAAGGAAAGCUGGAAGUCCAGCUGGUCCUUUGUGGACCGCGUCCGUGGAAACAACACCACCUACAAGAUGGCCGGUCUCGAUGAAAAGACUAGUUACUUGGUCAGGGUGAAGGCUGAAAAUAAGAUUGGAAGCUCGGUGCCUUUGGAGAGUGAUGAACAAUUCACACCCAAGAGUCUAUGCAGUGUACCAUCUGUCCCUAUUGGGCCGCUGAACAUAUCCAACGUGACCACAAACUCAGCUACUCUUACUUGGAAACCACCACAAUCUGAUGGAGGCAAGCCAAUCAAACGCUACGUUGUUGAACGUCGUGAGGGAUGGCGAUUUAAUUGGUCAAAGGUUGACUCGACACGCUCAACCUCCAUCUCAGUUGUUGGACUACGGGAAGGUACAGAGUACUUCUUCCGUGUGAUGGCAGAAAAUGAGGAAGGACUCAGUGAGCCGAUCGAGUCUGAUGCCGUCACUCCCAGAAAACAAGCAGUAAAACCAGGCCCACCUGCUGGAAAGAUCCAUGCAAGUCAUGUGACCCAAGACUCCGUAACUCUGACCUGGAAAGAACCAACUGACGAUGGAGGAUCUCCGAUCAAACGCUACAUCAUCCAGGCCCUGAACAUGCGCACUGGAAGUUGGGCAACCGUUGCCGAGGUUCCUGCCCGCACCCUCCAGAAGGCCAUCACUGGACUUGAUGAGGGUGUGGCAUAUGAGUUCCGCAUUUGUGCUGAAAAUGAUGUUGGCCUCGGAAAACCAAAUGAGCUGGACCAAACUAUCACUCCAUCACGUCCUGCUGAGGUUCCUGGAGCUCCAAGAGGACUCAAAGUCUCAGAUGUAACAAAGGAAUCUAUGGCAUUGUCAUGGCAACCACCAACAGAGGAUGGCAAUAGUCCUUUGACUGGUUACAUUGUAGACAAACUGGACUGUCAAUGGGGAGGUUGGUCCCGUGCGACCAAACUACCCGCGGACGUUACAGAGUGUACAGUCAGUGGUCUCAUCAAGGGCCAUGAUUAUAACUUCCGUGUGUACGCUGAGAACAAGGUCGGAGUUGGAGCCCCUGCUGAACUCAGGAGUCCCGUUAAGGCUGUUAGCGCCGUAGAAGUACCAUCAAAGCCCAAAAGCUUUGAAGUCACACAUAAGAAGGAUGACAGUGUCACCCUAGAGUGGUCUGCCCCUGACAGUGACGGUGGUGCCCCCAUCACCCGUUACUGCGUGGAGAAACGUGAACCCGGACGUGCCCAGUGGGUGAGAGUCGACAGCGUGUCACCAAAAACAUUCGGCUACACUGUCAAGAAUCUCCUGGAAGGUCGCAGUUACAUCUUCCGUGUCUUUGCUGAGAACUCUGAAGGACUUAGCGAACCUGCUGUACUGGACAAGGCUAUCACACCUGAGCGUGCUCAAGAAACACCUGGAGCCCCAGAAAACCUGGAUGUAUCCACAGUGAGCCACAAUUCCGCCACUCUUCGCUGGAAACGUCCACGCUACGAUGGUGGAGCUAUGAUCACUGGUUACCUGAUCGAACAGAGGGACGGUAAAUCUGGCCAAUGGCAGCGUGUGAAAGAGGUCGAGAGUCAUGUGCACUCAUUGACCAUCCGUAACCUCAUUGACGAUUACAGCUAUGGAUUCCGUGUUCGUGCCAAGAAUGCCGUAGGCCUGGGUGAACCAAGAGAGCUUGACACUGCUGUCAGCCCCAAGAAGACAAUAGAAAAACCAUCUGUUCCUCGUGGACCUUUGGACGUAACUGACAUCACUGAAGACCACGUACGAUUGGCAUGGCGACCACCAGAGAGGGAUGGAGGAUCACGAAUCUCUGCCUACAUGGUAGAGAAGAGUGAGGCCCGUCGUCCUAAAUGGUUACGUGUGGCCCGUUGUCCACCAGACCAGCUCUCACUGGACGUGUCAAAUCUCAUCGAGAACGUGGAGUACUACUUCCGAGUGGUGGCCGAGAAUGAGGCUGGCCUCAGCCCGCCCCUCGAGUCCGACAGCGCUGUUAAACCCAAGAGUAAAUUUGGUCCACCUUCAGCACCCGUUGGUCCAAUCAAAGCCUUGACUGUGACACGCGACAGUGUGUCCCUCGAGUGGAGAGCACCGAAAUCAGAUGGAGGCUCUCCCUUGACUGGCUAUAUUGUGGAGAAACGUGAGGGAAGUAGGCAAUCUUACGUCAAUGUGACGCGCCUUGCGUCUGACGUAAACAUUGUCAACAUCCCGGGUCUGAUGGAAGGUCAUGAUUACUACUUCCGGGUCACCGCUGAAAACCGCUAUGGAAGAAGUGCACCUCUCGAAUCCACCUCUGCUGUUACACCCAAGAGGAUGUACGAACCCCCAGAGUCACCUACAGCACUGAGAGUCAAGGAUGUAACCAAGAACUCGCUGACCUUGAGCUGGGACGCUCCGUAUGACAAAGAGGGAAUCACAGGUUACACUUUGGAGCGCCGCCACAUUGACGACGAUAACUGGGAGCGCGUGACACGCCUGCCAGGUCAGGUGACUAGCCACCACAUCGGCGAUCUUCCUGACGGAGAAUCGUUCUACUUCCGUGUGUCUGCCGAGAACGCGGCAGGCAGCAGCAAACCCGCUGAACUGAAAACACCGGUAGAACUGAAGGGCAGGAAAGAAAAACCCUCAGCUAUCUUGAAUGCCCCAGAAGUGAUUGAAAUUGGACCUAAAUAUGUCGAGUUGUCUUGGCAACCUCCCGAAUCAGACGGAGGCUCGCCUCUUACCGGCUACUUCCUGGAAAGGAUUGACAUCUCCGGCUUCUCCUGGUUACCAGUCAACAAACAGGCGAUCCUGGACACGCAUUAUCGUGUGGAGAAUCUUUACGAAGAACUGCAGUAUCAAUUCCGUGUGCGUGCAGCCAACAAGGAGGGUCCCGGGGAGCCAUCCCCGGCCACAGACCCGUUCUACUGCCGCGAGUCCUUCAAACUAGAGGCCCCGAAGUUCUCCAAGGAGAUAGAGGACACCAGUGUCCUGGAAGGUCACGAGGCCAAGUUUACCUGUGAGGUCACAGGUCUGCCACGCCCAGAGAUCACCUGGUACAAGAACUUCCGUGAGGUGUUUGGAGGUCGUCACUACAAGAUCUCGAGCGACGGAAAUGUCCAAAUGAUGGUUGUAAAGGAUCUGGAGGAAGGAGAAACAUCGUACAUCGAGUGUCACGCCAAAAAUAGAUGUGGAUCAGCGACUACUCGUGCCAAACUUGACGUGCUGGUCCCUGCCAAGAUAAUUGACCUACCUGACCGCUACCUGGACGGCCUGAGUAUCUGUAAGGGAGACACCAUUAUGUUACGUGUCCAGUUCCGUGGCAAACCCAACCCUGAAGUCACAUGGUCGGUUGACAAGGAGACGAUCGAGGCCGGACGUGGUACAGAUAUCACGACAACACCACGACACACAUCACUGAUGAUCUACGAUUCAGACAGAAGUGACGGCGGUAUUUACACAGUCACCGUCAAAAACAAGCAUGGCAGUGACACAGCCAAUAUACCAAUCAAGAUCAUUGAUCGUCCUCAACCACCGAGUGGUAAACCAACAAUCAUAUCCUUCAACAAAUUCUCCGUGAAACUUGCCUGGAAUGAACCGGAAGACGACGGAGGUUCUCCGGUCACUGGAUACAUCAUCGAAAAAUGUGAUCUUCAGACUGGUGUCUGGCGUCGUGCAUUGACAUCAAAACACCCACAAUGCACUGUGGAGUGUCUGGAGGUACACAAGGAAUACAAGUUCCGUAUCCUGUCCGAGAACUUCAUCGGUAUCAGUCAGCCAGGCGAGGAGUCGGAUAUCGUGGUCACUCGUGACCAGGCUCCGGAGCUCGACUACGAUGUGCUGUUUGAUUCAAACUUCAGAGGUACCAACGUGAAUGUCGACAAAAUGAAGGGCGACGUCCUUGGUAAAUACAUCAUCUGUGAGGAAUUAGGACGAGGUGCAUUUGGCGUGGUUCACCGAGCCAUAGAGAGGGCCACCGAUAAGAACUGGGCAGCCAAGUUUAUCCGGUGCCGCCCCCAGGAGAAGGAGCUGGUGCGACACGAGAUUGAGAUCAUGAACCAGUUGCACCAUCCCAAGCUGAUGCAGCUUCACGAGGCCUUCGACCAGACUGGCGAAAUGGUCAUGAUCCUAGAGCUGUUGUCGGGCGGUGAAUUGUUUGACCGCCUUGUCACCCAGGACUACGAGUUUACUGAAGAGGACUGUAUCGUGUAUAUGAGACAGAUCUGCCAGGGCGUGAGACACAUGCACCAACAGAACAUCAUCCAUCUUGACCUCAAGCCCGAGAAUGUGAUGUGUGUUACCAAGGAUACUCGUGACAUCAAACUCAUUGACUUCGGACUUGCUCAGAAAUUGGAAGAGGGCAAAUCUGUCAAGGUCUUGUUUGGCACAGCAGAGUUCUGUGCCCCUGAAAUCAUCAGCUUUGAACCAGUGUCCUUCUGUAGUGACAUGUGGUCAAUCGGAGUCGUCUCCUACGUCCUACUGAGUGGGUAUUCCCCCUUUGCUGGAGACACUGACCAGGAAACAUUUACUAAUAUCAACCACUCAGAUUAUGACUUCAGUGAUGAUGUCUGGGAUAACAUCUCUGACGAUGCUCGCGACUUCAUCAACAAACUUCUAGCCAGAGACAGAAGCAAAAGAAUGACAAUAGAUGAAGCCCUAGCCCACCCCUGGCUAAACCCAAGAGCGGAGGAUUCGUCGCCACCUAAGCCAUUAGUCAGAGCUGGAGCCACAGAGAAGAAACUGACAGGCACCAAGCUAUCCACUCAACAUCACAAGGACUACCUACAGAGGAAACGCCACCGUGAGGAUGAACUAGACAUCCUUCCGAUUGGCCGGAUAUCCCGCGACAGCGCCAUCUUCAGACGGGAAGGUGAACAAGGUGUCAUCGCCAAAAACAUCAUCAUGGAGUUACCUCCCCAUGCACCUGUGUUCUGCGAGCCUCUCACAGAUGUGUCUGGCUUUGAAGGGUCCAGGAUAGAGAUGACCUGUAAGAUCAGUGCCAAACCUGCUCCAAGGAUCAAGUGGUUCAAGGACGGAGAGGAACUACAGGAUGGAAAGAAGUAUCACAUGACCUACAGUGAUUACUACGCAUCCCUCUUCAUCAGUGACCUUGACCCUGAGGAUGCUGGAAAAUACAGAUGUAAGGCAUUCAAUGACCUUGGUGAGGACUCGACGACCGGCAAACUGACGGUAGAGGAGAUCCUUCACCGGAAGAAGAGGAAAGAAGAGCUUGAGUCACUCAGGGUCAAGUACCCCAAACAUGAUUAUGACUUGAGUUUACUUGACUCCAACAUCCCACCGUCCUUCACCCUUCCACUCAUCGACCAGGUGAAGCAUGUCGGCGAGAACUGCGAGUUCACCGUCACAGUGACAUGCCGACCAGAACCAGAGGUCACCUGGUUCCAUAACAACGAGGAGGUUCACGAAUCUGAGGCGUUCGAGUUCGUCCACAGUAAGGGCGUGUACCGUCUUAUCAUUCAUGGCGUGGAGACACUGGACGCUGGACAGUGGCGCUGUGAAGCGGUCAACAAAUACGGACACAGUUGGUGCUCAUGUGACCUGAAGGUCAUAGAUGAGAUGCCAGAAGGCGGUGAACCACCCGUGUUCAUCAGGAAACUACAAGACACUACCAUCGUUGAGGGCAGCUCUGUUCACCUGGAGUGUAAGGUCAAAGGUCAACCCAAUCCAGAAAUAGAAUGGUACAAAGAUCGUAAACUUAUCCGGUCAGGUCGCCAUUAUGCCAUCAGUAAAGAGGGCAGCACCUGUAUCCUGACAAUCCACGAAGCCUUCCCAGAGGACACCGGAAAAUACAUGUGCCGGGCAGUGAAUACUGUCAGUUCCGCUACAACUGAAGCACAGCUCCGAGUGCAGAAAGCAGAGGGCGAAGAGUCGGAGUUCCUCUUUGAACAUUACGUACCAGACGAAGCACGACUUGUAGAAAGAACUGUUCACUUUAAGAUUGAGACUGAGCCAAACUUUACUGCGACCCUGAAGGACAAAUCGGCUACAGUUGGCACACACGUGAAAAUGUUGUGUUCCAUCACCGGAAUCCCUGCCCCUCGGGUCAUAAUGUAUCACAACGACGUCGACGUCACCAGGGACGACCACUACAUGAUUACGAACAAUCACGGGCUGGUCUCUCUGGAGUUUUACUCAGUCAAGCACAGCGACGCAGGGCGAUACACAUGCAAGGCGGUCAACAGCGAGGGAGAGGUCUCGUGUCAGGCAAGGCUCCAGGUCUUGGAUGUAGAGGAGGAAGCUCCAAGGAGUCCGGAUUAUGUCCGGCCGAGCUUCACGACCCCCAUCCAUGACUUGACGGUGACAGCCGGAGACGAGGCCAAUUUCUCCUGUGUGGCCAUCGGCAAACCAAUGCCAGGCUUCAAAUGGCAAAAGGACAUGGUAGACAUUUCAGACUCGCAUCGUAUCUUUAUGGGUGCGGACAGUGACGGGGCGGCGGAGCUGAUCAUCAGAUCGGCACGGGUCAGCGACUCAGGACUAUACAGCUGUGUAGCCCAGAGCUCCGCUGGACGUACCAAGUGCUCUGCCUACCUCAGAGUUCUAGCCAAGUCCAAGUCAAGGUCACCACCUGGCUCCCCUGAAACUGAAGCUGCGAAGAAGUUGGAACAGCGCUACGAGCGUGCACGUAUGGAGAUACCAGGAGGACGUGCCCCAAGAUUCACCGAACCACUGCCCAAGGUCGUGGAACUGGACGAAGGGGAUAAGCUACGUUUGGAAUGUGAAGUGGAAGGAUACCCCAAACCUAAAGUGACCUGGUACAAGGCCACCAGAAAUCUGACCUAUGACUACAGACAUCGGGUCAAGGUCGAACAGAUCAUGCACACUCUUGAAGUCAAUGACGUCACAGUCAUCGACUCUGGAGAGUUCAUCGCCAAGGCAACCAAUGACCUCGGUGAAGCAGAAACGAGAUGUAUUGUCCGUGUGAACAGACGACGCACCGAAAAAGAAAGGGAGGUAACUACAGAAGCAGCCCAGAGAGCCGCAGAUGAAUUACAACAAGGCUAUGCUCCGUUCUUUAUCAAACAUCUUCCCAACUCCAUUGACGUCAUGGAAGGUAUGAACGUCCAGCUCGACUGCAUCGUCGAGGGCGACGUUACAAUGGUCAAGUACAAACGUGCUGAGGCCAAGGUCGUCACAGAACAUUUCCAAUCGGGCGACUUUGAAGGAACGUAUCAUGACGUUCCCAUGGCGUCCAUUCCUACUAUGAGCAUGCCCGGUGCGGAAGGAGGGGCUGGGUCACGUCCAAGACUCAACAUUCCUGAACAGGGCUCAAAACGUGCACCAAGAUUCGUGGAGGAAAUGGAAGAUGGAACAAUUGUCACUGGUAGUAUAGCAACCAUGUCUGUUGUCGUCGAUGCUAUUCCAGCUGCCGAAGUCUCCUGGUACAAAGAUGGAAAGAAAAUAAAGAACACCGACCACUACGAGACAUACCUAGAGGACGGUGCUAACAACCUCGAGAUCUUCGACACACUUACCUCAGAUUCCGGCUUUUACCGAUGUGUAGCCCGCAACGAGAUGGGCUCUGCAGAGUGCCAGUGUAAACUGGAAGUCAAAGUGAGAGGUGAUGCAGGUGAGGACUCCUUCAGCACGCCUUCCUAUGAUGAAAAAGAAUCAGGAGUGAAGGAUGCUGGUCCAAGGAAAUUCCCACCUCGAUUUGUCAUCGAACUUGAGCCCGAAAUAAUGGUUGCCAUUGGUGACGAUGUCAAACUUGUUUGCAUAAUUGACGACGCCCUUGAUGGGGUACACUGGGAAAAGGAUGGCAAAAAGAUGUCUGGAAAUUCUAGAACGAAAAUUGUGCAAGAAACUGACGGGACACAACAACUAGAGCUCUCUAAAGCCGUGCAAUCAGACGAAGGAAUUUACUCUUGUAUCGCCAUGACAACAUCAGGCAAAAUCGUGACAACCGAAACAAAACUACAUGUGACAGAGGAGAAAAGCCAGCCCUUAGCUGUUGGUGCAGAGACCAAACCAAAGUUUACAAGCCAGCUGAAAGACAGUUACUGUAAGGACGGGGAGGAAGUUACCUUGGAAUGUGAGGUCUCCGGACUGCCACGCCCACAAAUGACCUGGCACAAGGACAAACAUGAAAUCCUCGACAGUCAGGAUUUCCAGAUCAGUACCAUUGGCAACAAGUGCCGACUGACAAUCGCCGAAGUUUUCCCCGAAGACGAGGGCCGAUACAUCUGUAAGGCUGUAAACUCGCUAGGGGAGACAACUGCGUCAUGCCAACUCCUUGUAGAAGACACUCUAUCCUAUGAUUCUGCCUCCAUGUCAUCAUCAACUUAUAGUCGUGGUGGAAGUCUGGCCCGCAGUGUAACUGACGAUCAGAAUAACACUGACCUUCAGGUUGAUCCAGUUUCCAAGAAACUAGUAAAGGACAAGAAAUCCGGAAAAGAGAAAGAAAAAGUCCCAGAGUUCAUAGUAAAGCCGAGGCGUCAGUUUGUCAACGAAGGGCAGACGGCAAAACUCAAGGCAUCUUAUGAUGACACGCCACAAACUAAACUCACCUGGAGCCGAACAGACGGCGAAACUCUCUCAACUGGUGGCAAAUACAAGAUUUAUGAGGAGAGUGGUUUUCAUUGGUUGGAAGUACGUGAUGUCACGAGCGAGGAUUCUGGGAGUUACACAUGUACGAUCAUGAACUCUGCCGGCACUAACAAGGCCGUCGUGGAUCUUGAUGUCUAUGUGAAGCCCCAGACUUCCUCCAAAAAGAGUGGUUUUGUGGCGCCAAAGGUCGACAUUCCUCUUAACGACCUUGUUGUUUCUCCUGGAGACAAAAACGUCUCUCUGGAAUGUAAAUUCUCGAAUGCAAUAGAUGCCUCAGCGUCCUGGUACAAAGAUGGCCGUCUGCUGACGUCCGGCUUUCUGGCUAAGCAAUCAUUUGAUGGACGCCUGGCUCGUUUGGUGUUGACCCGUGUCGCCUCCAAAGACAGUGGGAAAUAUCAGUGUACUGUGACGAACACUGGUGGAGAGGCGAAAACAACUGCUUCACUGACAGUGUCUACUGCGGGAACUCGUGCCAUUCCGCCCAAAUUUGUGAACCCUCUAUCCAACCAAUCACUGAGGGUCGGGGAUAAGCUGGUCCUGGAAGCUAAAGUUACAGGUUAUCCACGCCCAACAGUGCACUGGUACAAGGAGAAAGAGGAGCUCACGUCCACAGAGGCGAGCACAAUGGAAUUUAAGGGAUCUACCGUUCGACUCGUCAUGCCACAUGUUAAGGAUACUGACAGUGCCACCUACAAAUGUGUGGCUGAAAAUGAGGCUGGGAAAGACCAGAUCAAGGCGAAGAUCACCAUAACAUCAUCGACAAAAGACCAAUCAACAGACGAUUUCCGAGAACCUCCAACAUUCGUGAGGGAGUUACACGACAUGGAGGUCGACAAUGGAGACCGGGUGGAGCUUUCCGUGGAGGUCAAAGGCAUGUCACCUAUGGACGUUUUAUGGUUGCAUGAAAAUAAGGAAAUUUCCACCAAUGAUCCGUUCGCCAAAGUCAUAUCGCAUGGUAACGUUCACGAACUACACAUCUCAGAAGUCAUUAGCACAGAUGCUGGACAGUACAUGUGCAAAGUACAGGGCGAGGCAGGUCGUGCCGAGACUUACUGUCAGCUUUGUGUGGCAGAGCGUAGAAUAGACAAUCAAUUACAAGUGGAGCAAGUAAACAAUACAAGGAACGUUUCCAGUGAACAUGUGAACAACACUUUUGAACAUGUGAAUGACAAAAAUUUGAACAAUAAAAGUGAACAAAUUACAAACAAAACAGAUGACAAUUCAAUCGACAAGGACCAGAGCGACGUGUUCCACGAUAACAAGGAUUUAAGACCACCAGCAUUUGUCUUACGACCAAGAACAGCAUUUGUAAGUGUUGGGAAUAGUGCAAUAUUUCUGUGUAGGACAUCUGGAGUACCGCCACCUAGUGUUGAGUGGAGUAGGGAAGGGGAGAUCAUCUCAAAUCAAGGCAGAUAUAAGAUUAAAAAUGGAGACGACAUCACACUAGAAGUGAAGGGUGUGUCGGAGUCUGAUGUGGGAACGUACACCUGUACCCUGAAGAAUCCUGUCGGUACAGCAUCCACGGACACCAGACUUGUACUUAGUACACACGACAUACCUGGACACACCCGCACCCAGGGUCGGAAUCUUCACAGUCCUGUGCUGAAAAAAACAUCUCAUCUAGAAAGUGCCAAAUCUUCCUCAGUGACCAAGAGGGAAACAAAACCGGAGUUUUCCAGCGUAAGAUUACGCAAAACUGUUAAACCUGAAACUAAAUUAUUGGAAAAGACAAUACAAAAAGUGCCCGACAGCAAAACAGUGCCAGUUUAUUCCUCAAAACAAACAAAAAACACUGACGAUAAAUCAAGUUUGUUACAACAGCAAAGACAUUUGGAAGAACCUCCAAUUUUAUCAAAACAGCACAGGAAAUUGGAAGAAUCACCAUUUUCUUUAGAAAGGGAUAAAAAAAUUGAAGAAUCAAUUUUACCAAAACAGCAUGAAAAUUUAGAAAAAUCACCUCUUAUAUCAAAACAGCACAGACGUUUAGAAGAAUCACCGAAUUCAUUAAAACAGCAUAAGAAAUCAGAAGAAUCACAAUUUUCAUCUAAACAGCACGGACAAUCGGGCAGUUCAUCAGGAUCCGAUAGUUCUGACCUUGGCACUACAAGGGGGAUAAAAGCAGGUGCUUCCCUCGGCAGGCUAAAAUAUAUAAACUCUAGCCCCAAAGGGCCUCCUCGUGUUAGGGGAGUGUCCCCUAAGGUGCCUCUUGACACAAGGGGUAACUCUCCUGCCAAUCCUAAAAAAACCGGAGUCAAUCAAAUUGACUUCAGAAACGUGUUGAAGGCUCGAACAGGACACCAAGUGCCGCAAACUGUUAAAGAGCCAAUCACUCGUAGUGUCACUAAGCCAACCCAAAGCCCAAUCACAAAAAGUAUUGCAAAUUUGAAAAGUCCAGUUAUGUCAAACGGUACUACAAGUGUGACAAAGUCAAUGCCAGACCGGAAGGUGUCCAAGGGAAAGGUUUCCAAUUAUAUAACGGCUUUGGAAAAACCUGUCGUUUCACAAACUGUAAAGGAAAACGUUGAGCCAGUGAAAGUCAAAUUUACACCUGGAAAGGUAAACGAGUCAAUUUCAUCAAAAUUUAUGCCAGUUCUUACAGAGAAAACAACGAAAUCAAAAUUCACAUCUGACAAUACAGAUGAACCAAUGAAAUCAAAGUUCACAUCUGACAAUACAGAUGAACCAAUGAAAUCAAAGUUCACAUCUGACAAUACAGAUGAACCAAUGAAAUCAAAGUUCACACCAACUAAAUUGGACGAACCAAUAAAAAACUCAACGUUUAAAAAUUUUGAGAGGCCAGUCACGAAUGAAUCAAUCAAAAGUGAGAUGAAAAAUACUGUUAGAAAAGACACUUCGUCUCCAGCCUUGAAAAUUCCGCCACCUGUAGCUCCGAAAACAAAACGCGAAGAGAGAAUCAACAAAACCCUGGAAGAGAUUAACGUAAUAGGUCAGUCGCUCCUAAAAAUGCCUGGAGGACCAACUAUGAAGGAACUUCAAGCGAUGGUGGAUGACGAGGAAAGUGCUUCUGUGACAACGGAGGAUAGCUUUGCUGACUCUGAAUCCUCGUAUCCAAGCAACACCACCCCAUCCUGGGUGAAAGAGCAUUUUGACAGCCCAAGUGUACGAAACACCCCCUCUAGUGGGUUCUCCAGUCUAAGGAGCAAUAACUCCAGUGAAAAUCUUUUAGAAUCGUUUCCAUCAGGAAGUGAUGACUCUACUGUACAAUCUGAAACUAACGACAGCGGAAUCGUACGUGCUACUCCAGCGGUGCCCUACACACCUAUCACACUAAGAAAUCCGAGCAAGAAAUCGAGGAACAUGACCGCUACAGCAAGUCAAGAGUCUGACAAGUCAGAAUCUUCACAAAAGUCAGACUCUGACAGUGUUAAGAUGACAAAAUUAGAAUUUGAAGGUCCUGUGUCAACAACAGUUGAAAAAACAACACCAACUGUCGUUAUAAAUGGUGUACGUUCAAGAAGAAUGUCUUCAGAAUCCGAUAAGAAUAAAAGAACACCGUCUAGUCCUGAACAUAAAGAGGUGCGACUCGUGAGAAGUCGCAGCAUCGACAAAGUUAAUAACCAACUUCCAUCGUUUUUAUCGACGCUGGAAGAUAUUUCCAUCCCAGAGGGACGGUGUGUGAUAUUUGAAUGUCAAGUUACUGGAAUCCCAAGACCUGAAGUCUCAUGGUUCAUGAACAACAACAAAAUAAAGCCCUCCAAGUUUUUCCAAAUGACGUAUGUUGAAGAUACUGCCAGACUGGUGAUAAAAGGGGCGUAUCCCGAAGACGACGGAGAGUACCUGUGUGUUGCAUCUAACGUUGUUGGCGCAGAACGCCAAUCCUGUGUCCUCUGCGUCAAAGACUGCCUAGCCACAUCAACAGAAGAAGAUGAUACAGAAACAAACGGUCAUCAGGCCCCGCACAUCCACGAGAUCUCACCGCCAAAUCUCACAGUCCUGCGUGGAAAGAAAGCGCAGGUACAGGUCUCAUUUACGGCUGAGCCACGCCCAAACAUCACCUGGCUACAGAACAAGGUCAAGGUCGAAACAGGCGACAGGUACACCAUCAACACAACCGAACACUUUAGUCGCCUCGUCAUUUAUGACGUGACCUUGGGCGAUGGGGGAAUCUAUGACAUUGAUGUGGAAAAUGACGUCGGCAGAGAUACCGGAUCCAUGGCUAUCACAGUAGAAGAUGUACCGGACCCUCCGAUAGGGAAGCCAUACGCCUCAGAGAUCGCACUUACCUAUGUGAUUCUGUCCUGGUCUGGCCCGGCAUUUGACGGAGGCAGCCUCAUUUCCAGCUACAAAGUGGAAUACUGUGAGGCGGAAUACGAAGAGUGGUCUACCCUUACUGAUAAAUGCCAUAGCACUUCAUACCAUGCAUCAAAUCUGUCACAACAUACACCGUAUUUUUUCCGUGUGAGUGCUGAAAACAAGCAUGGCAUGAGCAAACAUAGCGAGACGUCUGACGUCGUGGUUACGAAGGAUCGUCGAGUUUCCGAACGUCUGUCCAUCGAGUCCGAUGACGUUUUUCUGUCGUCAACUUCGACAGCCUCUGUUUCACCGUUCACUCCCCUCUCUCCACAAGAGGAGGAACCUGAAAUCCCAUUCAGUCCCCGAUUAGUGUCGGUUCAGAUGGAUGUUAAAUUUGAAGAUCAGUACGAACUCCAUAACGAGGUCGGAAAAGGAAAAUUUGGCAACGUUCACCUCUGUGUGGAAAAGGAUGACAAAGAUAAGAAGAAAUGGGCGGCGAAGGUCAUCAAAUGUCGCGGAAAGGACAAAGCUGCAGUACAGCGGGAGAUUGAGAUAAUGAACCAGUUAGUUCACCCGAAGCUGUUAAUGUUACGUGAUGCCUUUGAGACAACAAGAAAAAUGGUCCUCAUAAUGGAAUAUGUGGGCGGUGGAGAACUGUUUGAGCGAGUUGUUGACGAAGAUUUUGACCUGACAGAGCGUGACUGUGUGCACUUCCUGCGCCAGAUCUGCGAAGGAGUGGACUACAUGCAUGGCAAGUCCAUCGUCCACCUCGACCUGAAGCCAGAGAAUAUCCUUUGUGUGAGAAAGGACAGCAACCUGAUCAAAAUCAUAGACUUUGGCCUCGCUCAAUUCCACAAACCCGGUGAAAGUCUCCGUGCCAUUUCAGGCACACCCGAGUUCAUCGCCCCAGAAGUUGUUAAUUAUGAGGAGAUUGGAUUCCAAACUGAUAUAUGGAGCAUCGGAGUUAUCUGUUAUGUAUUGCUAUCUGGAUUGUCUCCCUUUAUGGGUGAUACUGAUGCUGAAACGCUAUCGAAUGUAACUGCAGGUGAUUUUGAUUUUGAUGAUGAAGCAUUCGAAGACAUCUCAUUCCAUGCCAGGAAUUUUAUUGAGAGAUCACUCGACCAGAACAGAAAAAAUCGACCCAAUGCGAAAGACUGUCUCAAUCACAAAUGGCUUGUGAAAGAACAAAACAGUGCCAAAAAGCUUCGCCAAAGUUUGCGUAACCUGAAACAGUUCAUGGCGCGACGGAAAUGGCAGAAAAUGGGAACAGCUAUUCGGGCGCUGGGCCGCAUGUCUUCCCUACAGAAACUGGUGAAGGGCGAUAGAACCAAUAGCGAGAGUUCUGUCUUUAGCGACUCCGAUACUGCUUCUCAGAGUGACCUUUCUUCUCAGACCUCAAGGUCAAGGUCAUCCAGCAAGAUGGAGGACACACCUGCGACAGACCAUCCAACGGUUGCCGCCGAAACAGAGGGACCGACGAUCCCCACCACAACAACUUGUUAUACCAUCACUACAAACAAUGUGUUCAAUCAGAAACAACAACAGCCCACUCCUGCUGAAAAUAAAGACAUUUCACCUGAUACAGAUUACUGCAAUAACUGUAUCAAAGGUCAAGGUCAUGAGAACGACCUUCAGAAAGAGAGUACAUCAUCCAUACCAAGGACAUUAUCAGCUCAAAGUGAUGCCGACACGUCCGAGAACAACUCUUUGCGAUUUGUCCGUGAAAUGGUCGAUUCCCAAGCGGUCACUGGAGACAAUGUUCGAUUUGAUGUCACAGUGUCAUGUGACCAAGAUCAGGACAUUCAUUGGUUCCAAGAGGACACUGAAAUAGUCGAGGACGAUCGCCAUUCAUUUGUUUACCAUGACAAUGGAGAAUGUUCUUUAAUCAUCAGGAACGUGUCGGAUGAAGACGAUGGCGAAUUCACUUGCAAAGCAUCAAACUGCUUUGGAGAAAUCACAUGUUCUGCAGAUCUCAUCAUCUGCGGAACAGGAGCAUUUUAAAAACACAUCUAUCAUAUGUAGCGUUUUUCUACUUAGAACUAUCAAACUGUCUUUACAGUCCUGAAAUAAUCAAAAUUUUAUCAAGAUUUUUUUUUGUCUAGAAAAUUAUUGAUAUGAUAUUUUAUUAACAAUUAGGUGCCUUGGAUCGAAUGAGAAUUUUCUCACAGAAAUGAAUUUGAAAUCCAAAUGAAAUUAACUGUUUUACAAUGUAACGAUAUUUGCAGCACUUUCUUAUCCCUUUAGACAGGUUUAAGUGUUGUAUGGUAAACUUGUUUCGUGGAAUGCUGGUCCGGAGACACGAUCCGAACGGACAUGUAUCAAUGUUACUAUUGUAUAACUUACCCAGAAUGCCUUAGUAUAUAUAAGCUAUAUACCUUGGGUUCUCCAAUUCGCCGUACAAUCGCUUGCUGCUUGCAUAUUCAUCAACGGUGUUUUGGCUCGAAUCCAAACUUUCGUUAAACAAAAUUUCGUACCCUCAAAUAAAACCCUGAUAGGCAUUAUGGGUAAAAUAUACCUAGAAUUUUUGUUAAUUAAUUCUGCUCUUUUAUUCAGUUUUUACUGUGUAGUUGUAACAUAUUUGUAUAAUAGUAAUAAUUUAAUAAGGAAAUCUUUUUAUUGAUAUAUAUUUGUAGAUAAUUGAUGACGUUAUUUAUUGUGUGUUACCAUGGCGAUGAUUAUAUUGCUAAGGUUACAGUGUAUUUUCUGUGAUGAAGGCAAGAGGUAUAUUGAUAAAACCUGAUAUGCUCCUGUGAUAGAUUGGACAAUGUUUGUUGUUGCCAUAGUUACAGUGACAUGGUACAGACAAUUUUAUUUAUAGACAUCCUGUUUUAUUUUGACUUUGCUCAAUGUCAGGUCAGCAAUCUGACCCUUAUUCGAUGUCAUUUCUUUUCAGUUUAAACGAAAGUGCUGCAUAUAUCAAACAACAAGUCUAUUUCAAUAAACUAAAUAUUAAAAUAA